AUGGAAAUAUGCUCAAUCGACUUUUCGAGAGAAACUGUAGAAAAGUACCAGUAUUUCGAUACAAAUAAUUUUGAGUUAUGCAAAAACAUCCUUCCUUCAGGCAAAUUCGACAAUAUUCAUGAGGAUAGUGAUAUACUGCAUGCUUUGGAAUCAUUGCGACAAGAAAGCCUUCCAUAUUACAGGUGCGGUAACGCGGAUGAGUAAAUUACAGUAAACACCGUAUUUAUACGUAUAUAUCCAAUCCUUAUCCACGUAUAUAUCCAAUCCUUAUCCAGCUUUGGAUUUCGACUGUAGGUUCUUUCUAUGUAACUAGGGAUCAUAAAGGAAAAUCCUAAUUUAAAUGUUCUCUAUUCGUUCGUUCUAAUUUGCAGGCGUUCGACAGUAAAAUGCAUGAAACCACUAGCUACUGAUUAAUUAGCACAUGAAACGGGAAAUCCCCAAAUCCGUACGUUCUUAUGAUGUAUAUAUUUAACAGUGUGUCUAUGGCAGAAUGGUCAACAUUUCACAGAAGUUUAAGAUAUAAUAGAUAUGUUUUACACUAUUCAUUUUUCUAUAUUUUAAAAUAGGAUAGUUGGAGACAACCUUGAUCUCGAACAGACAGCGAGAAUUCAGAAUCAUAAAACUACGAACAAGUCAUUACACUGGUUUCAAAUAUAUGCUGUCAAGGAUAGGGUGUCAUGCAAUGAAUUGCCAUCUGAGAGCCCACAGAAAAGUUUGGAUGACCUACAUAUGAAUGAAUUUCUUCCAACUGCAGAAGUCCACUCAGCUUUGUUAAAUGAUCUGAUACUCCUUAUUCCAAGAAUUAUUGUGCAAUACCUACCAGCAUAUGAAUCUUUCACAAAUGCAGUUACUUGGCAUAUCAGUCAUAAUCAUUCAGAUGAAAUGAAAAAGAAGUCUGAAGUGGUAUGUACUUAAUUGAUUUUCAUGCAUGAUUGACAAGCUACUGUGUUGUCAAUGUGUUACUUAUACAUCUUCAAUAUUGUUGCAAACCUCAUUUAUUUUUCAAUAGUGUUCUUUGGGUCUUGAAUUCCUGAACUCAAACAAUGCAACUGAAAUGGCUGAGAUCCUCAAUAACAUUCAAAACAAAUUUGUUCCAACUGCAGAAGUUAACAAUCAGAAGUAUGUGUUACAGAAGACCUUCCUAGAUGGUGACCAGCUGACAGAGGAAAGGGCCAGGAAUGCACAAUUAGCAAAUAGCCUUGCAGAAACAGAGUACGAACGUUUGGCUGGCUUUGAAACUGCUUUUGCUGAUUGGCAUCUUGGGAAAAACUUACUUAUGGUAAGAAUGCUAUUCUAAUAGGCAAAUGGUUUACUAUGUUAUUUCACUCUUUGCGGUACCAGACUAUUUCACUUGUCAAGGGAAGAUCCUUUAAUAUGUGCUUACAGUGUACAGCCAGCCUGAUAAUUUCGUCCUGCUAUGCUAUUUAGUGUUUAUAAACUUUGAAACAGUCACUUUCUAAAGAAAUGAAUGAUGAUUUAAAAUUUGCAUAUAUAGCAGGACCAAAUUGUUGGGUUUGCUUCACCAUUGCUGCUUAUUAAUAUUAAAAUUCUCUUCUCUAAAUUCUCUAAAGAUAUUUUCUAUACAUAGGAUAAGUAAGAGUGCAAAUUUAUACCUGAACUAAAAUUUCAAUUUUUUCUUUUUCUUCAAGAUUAUGUUCAAUUUGUUUGUCAAAGCAGAGUCCGCUAGUAGCAUAGGAACUAGUUAUGCAUCAAUGAACCGAUGUGGAAAGACGAAUGCAAAGAAAGGGCCGGACAAGGACUAUAAUUCAUUCAAAGAGUUCAUGGACAGAGAAACUGAGGCACACAUUAUUGCAAAGUGGAUGGGUUUUGCUGGAAUUGAGAAUUUUAAAGGUAUAAAGCCUUAACCAUUUAAGAAAUUUAUAUUUUUCAUUUAAUGUUUAAAAACAUUUUUCAUUGCUGGUAUUCUUUUUUUCUAUUAAUUUAUCUAUAGUCAACUGCAUAUUUAUUAUGUAUCUUAACAUGUAUAAGAUAGAAGAAACAUUUUGAAUUAUGUUUCUACAGACACCCCUAAAAACAGGCCAAUCCCUGCAGAUGAAGAUACAUGGACGGUUGAAGAAAAGUCAUCAUGGUUGGCUUCAGAGACCAAGGAAUUCCUAAGUGGUGUCUUGUUAAAGCAAGAAGAUUUCACCAAUAGGGUUAGCAAUAUUGAUGCAGCUCACAGGGAGGGCUUUUCUUGUCGUAGUCCCAACUGCCAAACUGUAUUCUCCUUACAUUCAAGUAGAGUAAGGUAUGUGUAGUGACAUAGAGAAAUUAUUCUUCCCACAUGUCUUUGUUUAUAAAUGAUCAAGAAACAAUCGUGAAUUGACCUAAGCACCCAUAUAUGAGAAAAUGUUAUGCAAAGUUAAACAUCCUAAUAAUUUAAAAUAUUCAUUACAGGCAUGAACUAUCACAGCAUCCUGGAUUGGACAUUGAAAAUGAUGGUGACCAUGACAGGGACAGCUUGGGUUAUUACAAGUGCAGGAAUGAAGAGUGUAUGCAUAUUUUCACUACUAAUGCCACACGAAAAAGGUAAUGAUAAAAAUAGAAAGAUUGGCUUUCUCUUGAAAAAAAUCUAUUAUUAAAGAAGAGUGAAAUGAGGGUAUAACAAAGUAAUACAAUGAUACUAGUUAUGAGGAAAUUCGUUUCACUUGAUAGGUUAGCAAGUUGAUCUAUUAAUUUCUCUUGUUAACCUAUCAAGUUACAUUGUGCCCUACAUGUAUUAAUUUAUUCUUUAUUACUUAUUCUUUAACAGUAAUGCCAGGCAGUUUUUGCACCAAAUUGAACAGAUUAUUUUAUUCUUUCACUAUCAUUACCUAGCACAUGUAUCACCAUCAGAGUUUAUUACUCGAUCUUUAUAAAAUACUAUUCUUUUAAACAGACAUGAAAAACAAUUGCAUCAGGUGGAACAUUUCCAUGAAGCAGAAAAAGAUCAAGAACCACCCAAUGAUGAAGAAAAUAAUGCAAAUAACUCCAAUGACAACAUCUACAACUAUCACAAUGCAAGGUUACAAUGUGGUCUCCUAGUAUUAAAUAUGAUGGAUGCAAUAAAAGAAGGGGAUGGCAGCCGACUGGUGCGGUGUUUGAAGAUAGUUUUACUAUUUGAGUACAAGUUUAAGCAUACUAAAUAUGCUUAUGUUUUGUUGCUAUUUUUUGCAAAAGUCAAUGCACUUUUGUCAAAAAAAGAUGCAUAUUUGCUUGUACAUAAUAGAUUUAUCAACAAAAAAGGGAAAAAAGCAGGAAACAUUCCUCUAGACCUUCAUAUGGAACAUCUUAACUUAGAUGUUAAAAAACUCCUCAAUGCAAUGGGUGGGAAAAUCACCAAAGCAGCAGCCCAGCGAUGUGCACAAAGUUUAACAGUAACAAAUACAGUGUUGGAAACCAUUUAUCACGAGUGUGAAAAAUCCCAUCGCAGUGGUUAUCAUGGGGAGAAAAAUAAAGAUGAAUCUGUCAAGUCCAUUGCUGCAGAUCUGUUACAAGGCAAAGUGUUUGAUCACAUUCCCGGGAGAUAUUAUCCAGGUUUUGAACGUUGCAAGAGUAACAUUCUUGAUAUUGAAUACAGGGAUUUCUUCACAUGGGCAAAGAACCACCUUAAACAUUGGAAAGGGAUUUAUGAAACAGCAAACAAACAAUAAUACAGUAAGCUGUCAUUCAUACAUUAAUAUUUUUGUAAUACUUGUUUACAAGCCAUUAAAUACUAAAAAGUGGGACUGGAUAAAUUACCUGUAAUUUACUUUCAAUUGAUCAUAAUGAAAAGGAUGGCAGCAUGUACAUUUUACCAGAAUGCAUUGCAAGCAUCAAGAGUAAAUGACUGAAUGAAGAUGACAUGAAAUCACCUAAUGAUGAGAAAUUCUAGCACAAUGAAGAAAUUGACCUGCCUUAUGCAUGUUUCUGACUGCAAAGAAUUCUUAAAAUGUACAUCUGCCAUCUUUAUCGUUUUGGUCAAUUGCUUAAUACAAUAUUACAUGCACAACAAUGUCUUUAUCAUAGCAAAGCCAAUAAAUAUAAAUAUCAAACAUGCAAUGACCAUAACAUACCAGUUAAUUGAAUGAAUCAUCACUAUGAAAGGAUGCAGGAUUAUCAUGAUUCUCAGUCUCAUAUGGUGUAGCAGCAUUUAGAAUUGUGUUGUACACAGGUCUUGUCAAUGCAGCAACAUUAUGAAGACUUCCAUCAAUCACAACAUCUUCAAAUAUUUCAUAGAAAACUUCAAGUACGAUCAGUGCCACAUGAAUCGACGAAAUAAAUCCAUAUUCCAUAAGGUCAUGGAUACUGAAGAUUUUCUCACAGUUGAAUGUAAUUGACUCAAUCACAUUGUCUGAAAAUCCAUGUGUAAUAAGGCCAGAAGAGUCAAAUAAUGUCACACCAGAGCUUACAGCAAGGGAAAGUUGGACUUCUUGCAAUGCCUCUUUAAGACAUGUUCUAUCAUCCUCUGUCACCACUCGUUGCAUAGCCGUAUUAGUUGUGGGCUUAUUAACCACAAUAUGAUCAAACUCGUAAAAUGGAUUUGUGCAUUGACCAUCACCACCACAUGCACAUAAUUUAUGACAUCUACUGCAGCAGUCAUGCAUUGUUGGCACAUCUAUAUUAUCCUCAGUGAAAUGACAUAACAGAAGUUUCCGUAUGCAAUCAUUCUUUUUUAUCACAUCUCUAAUGGGUUGAUCACAGAAUCUAAUGUGCUUCCCUUGAUAAAAUAUUAUAUUAAAUGACUGCUUGGCAUCUCUGCCAGCUCUCCCUGCCUGUUGCAGAUGGUCAACAAGACUUCUACCAGGUCCAAAGUGAAUCACAUAGGUCACAUGUGGAAAAUCCACUCCCAUACUUAAAGAUGUUGAAGCUAUAGCCACUCUUACUGUUCCAGUACCAUUAAAUGAUGUACAUAUUCUUUGCUUCUCAGAUUCUGGAGUGGCAGAGUAAUAUACCCCUAAAAGGCAUCUCUCUUGGGUGGUUACAUCAACAUAUGCAUCAUUACCGAGCUUGGCCAUGAGUGAACUUAGCACCAAUACAAUAUCACUAACAGUGUGGCAGAAUAUUAUGGUAUAUGGUGCAUCUCCUUUUAGUGACUUUAGAAUGCUCACUAGCCAGUCAAAGCAUGAAAGAUUCUUAUCAGCAUUUGCAACUGUAAAUCUUAUAUUUUGCCUGUUAGGACUGAUCAGAAUUUCCUUGUGCCCUUUUAGGUUUAAAAGUUUGCAAAGUUUCUGUCUCAUAUACUUGUCUGCAGUUGCUGUUAGCCCCAACACAGGCUUAUUACCCAAGAAUGAACGCAAGUCAUUAACAUGACCAAAUGCUCUCCGAAAGGCAGCUUUUCCUUUUUUCUCACUCCCCCUAAAACAUUUAAAACAACAAAUAAAUCAAUGUAAUAGUAGUGUAAUUAUUAAGUAAUCUUGUACUAGACAAGAUUAAAACAUAAACAAGAUGAAAGCCUACAAAAAUUUAGGUCAAAUUUUCAGUAAUAAUUUAGGUCAUUUACCAAUAGUGGAUAAACAAAACCAUAAGCUCUUAUUAGUCUUAUAUUGCUUCAGUCAUGACUGUGUUCUUGUAUAAACGUUCUAAUUGGCACUUUAAUAUUAGUAGGCACAAUUGUUGUGCCUGCUAAUAUUAAAGUGCCAAUUAGAACGUUUAUACAAGAACACAGUCAUGACUGAAGCAAUAUAAGACUAAUAAGAGCUUAUGGUAUAUGUUUAUAAUUGAAAACUAUACAUAAUAUUUCAUUAAUCAGAAAUACUUCUUACCAUGUCUGAAUUGUGUGCACUUCGUCUACUACCAAUACCUCUGUUUUGUUCAGGUAGCCGUACUUUAAGUUCUUAACCCACUUUUCGGAUAACCACUGCUCAGCACUUCCGAAAAGGACCUCGAAUUCGCAAAGCAUUGUAUCGUCACUAGCCUUAACAUCCUCGAGCGAAGCAGAUUUGAUUCCCCUUGCAUUCAGUCUUUCUACUUGCUGCUUACGAAUCUGCUCGAGUGGACUGACCACGAUAACUGUAGCUGUCUUUCUAUCCCCUGUAUGGUUGUAUCGCAAUUCGGAUAUAACCUUUGGGAGUAUUUGGUAGAUGAUACUCUUUCCGUAUCCUGUUGGAGAAUUACGGUCGUUUCGCCAACGGGUCGUUUCGCCAACGGUCAGUUCGCCAACGUCUCAAGUCGAUUCGCCAACGUCUCGGGUCGAUUCGCCAACGUAUAUGAAGACAUGCAUCAUAAACUGUACGGCAUUUAUGGACAGCAGGUAUUUUGUAUUUUUAUAUAAUUAUUGCUGUCUGUAGAGCCAACUGUAAUUUGUUAGUUUGUAAAAUGCUGUAAUUACUAAUUAGUUAAGUGCCCCAUAUAUGUAAAUCCUGAUAAGUUCACCAUGGGAAAAUAAAGAAAUCUUCUAUUCUUUUCUAUUGGGCUAUUCCAUUUAAAGACGUAACCCCCCUAUCGAGGACAAGGGUUUUGCCAUAUCCCUGAAGAAUUCCUGACAUAAAAGACAUCCCUGAAGAAUUCCUGUUAAGGUGGCUCGAUAUAGUUUAUAUUACAAAAAUCCUGCUCAAGAAUCGCGGACUCAAAACCGGGUGACCAUUUUAAUUUUUACGCCGAAACUGUCGCGGAAACUGUUUAACAAAAUGAAAGAAAUUCCAAAAUGACCUGAUGUGAGCAGUUGCUCGCGCCAUCUCACGUCAUUGCGCGUGUUCUAGUUCAAUGGUUCUAUAGCGUUUUAUGUCAAUUGCGGACGUCAUUAGAAUUUUCCAUUUUAGAAAAACAAUGCGCUAUAUCUCUUUAUUUUGUCUGGUGACCUAUGUUCAAAUUUUGCAUGCUGUAUUGUACCACUAAAAACUUUCAUUAUACAAAAAAUAAAAAAAUUCUGUAAUGCCAAAAAAAUUUUACCGAAGAAUAUGACAUUUUCGCAUUUUCCAAAAAAAUGGCAUUACAGAAUUUUUUAUAUUUUGCUCAUUGUUAGCUUUUCGUCCAAGUAAAAUAAUGCAAGAAAAAAAAUUGGGGGUCACCAUGCUUCUUUUCCAACAAAACGAGACGAUAGGCCAUUUUGGAGCGAAUUUUGUACACGCAUGUCGUCAUAGCAACGAACUAUCUGUUACUAAAACUAAUGUAAUUUGAAAGUAGAGAUAUCAAAAUAUAAAAAACCCCAAUAUCUGCUGAAUAUAUCCUAAAAAUGCGUAGUUGGAACAUCUCAAAGUGUUGAACACCUGAAUUUUUGAAAACUGUAUCGAGCCACUUUAAAUAGCCCUGAAGAAAUCAGCAUUUACCCCUGAAGAAUUUCAAAUUUUACAUCAGGAAAUCUCAUUCAAAAUAACCAGCCCCUGAAGAAUUCCACAGGAGAAUUUGUUCACCCAUGAGGAAUUCCAGGGUUAAAAAUUACCUGAAGAAUUCCAAGGUCCUCGAUAGGGGGGUAAUGGAUAUUAAAUGGAGUAGCCCAAUUUCUAAAUGUAUUCUGUACAGCACGAAUACUGUUAUCUUACUAGCCAGGAAUUAUGUCUUUGAACUAGCCAGGAAUUAUGUCUUUGAACCGGUUUUUAUUUCAUUACAGGGAGGCUGGUUUUCAGCCUGAUUUCUUGGUAAGUCAAAUACAAAAUAAGUACAAAAUUUAUUUACUCAUAUUUAUUUACAAAAUUUAUAUGUCUACAUAUUAAUGGAGCUUUAAUAUAGAAUGAUAUUAUAUUUACACUGAUCAUAUAAGAGCACUCGCAAGGUGUCCAUGUCUACGUGAAAGGAUGUAUACUGAAAUGGUAAUUAGUUCCUUCAACUAUGUGAGCAACUGUAUAAUAGAUCACUGUAUUUUAUACAGCUAAUUCAAAAAAGGUUGUCCUUUACAAACCUUAAACUCUAAACCUUAAACCUUAAACUCUAAGCAUGCAAAGCUUAAUGGGAGCAUCAUUUAAUCACUUUAGAAAUCAUAGAUUGGGCCAAUUUCUUAGAGACAUGGUAAAUAUCUCCUUAUGAGAACAAUUCAUUCAAAACAGUUGCAAGAUUCGACUAUUAAGCUUGAAACUCAACAUCAGAUUACUUUUCUGCACAUGAUUGCGAACUUCGAUUUUACUGUGUUUACUGUAUUUAGUAGUCUCAAUCAGUCGGAACAAACUGUGACAUCUUAAUUGUUGACAUCUACUCAAAAUUUUUGGCUUGAAUUCCCUAGUAUGUACAGUGUUGCCCAAAUAAAACAACAAAUAUGUAUAUUGCAGUACAACACUUUUAAACUUAUUGGAUAUUUAACUUAGGAAGCGAUGAUAUAUACAUGGUGGGAGCUAUGGGGAUUUUGUGUGUGUGUGUGUGUGUAGACUUUUGGAAACAUAUAAACAUGAAGCAGAGUAUUAAGGCUAUAUAGUCUAUUUAGAGUAAUUAGGUAGAGUAACAUACUGUAAUCCAUUUCUUGUGACAGAAAACUAGGUAGGGGAUGGCAGAUGUUUAUCACAUUUCUACAAUGUACAAUUAGGACUUUAUUGGAUGAGUCAAUAUUUUUCUCACUGUUUAAAGUGCUGUCAAAAGUGAAAAUAUUCUUUUAACUAGAAGUUACUAUCGCAAGGAAAGUGCUGCCUCACCCCAAGGGAACAAAGGCAGCAUGCACAAUUUGCUGAAUAAGAGGCUGUUUAUAUGACCCCGCUUUGCCAGGACGAAAUGGUUAGCACUAUUUUCCAUCCAGCAAACCGCCCUAUCGAUAUUCUGAAGUUGUUUCUUUUUGGAUUUUUCAGUAAUUCGGUUAGGGUUAGAGUAGGGUUUGGGUUAGUUACAUAGCCAUUUAACACCUCUUUCAUCUUCCGAAAAUGACGUCAGGUCAGUUUGCUGGAUGGAAAAUAGUGCUAACCGGAUGAGAUAUGAGGCGGGAUGAUUUUGAUGUAUUUAAAUAAGUUAUGGUGCACACUUCAGCAAAAAACUUCAUUAUUUCCAUGAAAUAGUGAUAGGUACCUGUAAAAUGAAAAGGUUGUUCAAGCAGCAAUAAUAACCUUUUUCAACUACAAGAUCUGCUCUACCACAUUUGAGUUCUGUUAACCUGUAUUUGAACUUUCGUUUAGCCUAUUGACUUAUUUCAAUACAACAAAAUCACCCGACCUUCCAUCAUGUAAACAGUCCCUAAGAUGCCUGUUCAGAAGGUUGGAAAAUGCAAUUUGAAUACCAAACACCUUCACAAAGUCAAAGGACAGCUAAAUAUUCUAAUUCUACUUUCUUGACAUGGGCAAUUUUAUAUGAAUACCUUCAAUGCUUAUUACUUCUUGCUUUUGUUAGUAUAAUUAUAAUACUAUCCGUGGCGAAGCUAGCCGUAGCAACAGGUCAUGCUAAGUUUUUAAUGAUUUGCAUUGCAGGCAACAUUUGCCAUGGCAACUGGUCAUGAUGACCAGUUGCGAUUCAGCAGCUUGCCACUGAAUACUGUGCAAUACUUCUCUCCUCCACCAUAGCCAACAGAGGCAUCUGUGGAGAAGGGAGGUAAAAUACCAUAUGUAUAAAUAAUAAUACUGUACUUCUUGAAUGAAUCAUUGGACAUGUAGAAUUUAAUAAAAAUUUCAUAUAUAGAAAUACUAAGUCCGUUUUUGUCCCAAUUAUCGUUUUAAUGGCACCUUCAAGGCUAUCCCUAUUGCAGAACAACUGAACAGCCUGCUGAUGGGGAGACAAAAUCUAUUUGUUGACAUUUUUGUUUAAUACGUCAGCUUCAGAUGACACCAUUCAUUUGUAAUGACUAAGAUUGUACUCAGUCAGAACUGCAAAACUAUAAAAUAAGAAAGAAAUUGUGAGCAUUAUCGAAAAAUAUAUUAUACUCUGAAAUGUAGUGACACAGCCAGGUGAAUAUAUGAAUGAAGGCCUGUAGGAUUAUUUCAUAUUAUGCUACAGACCAUCAUACCUUGUAACUGCUGGUAAGUUAAUAUGUGCAGACAACAAUUAUCCACAUUGGGUUGCUAUAGCAAUAUAUUUAUAUUAUAAAGCCUGAUUUAUAUUAAGGGCCUGUUUAUAUGGAAGCUGGGCUGGCCCGCUUAGCGAGACAGCCCGGUAAGUGGGAUGAAUUUCUCUUGUGUUUAUAUGAGAAAAUUUCAUCCUGCUUGCCGGGACAAUUUUGGUAUCUUUGAACUUUCAUCCCGGCAACCGGGCUAACCCCCUUGUGAGUGUUUUAUAUAUGGAGAAAUUUCCAACCCGGUAGGCAAGAUCUCGCCUCUUUCAAGCGAGAUCUCGGCAACCAGGCCAGCUCGCUUGUCCAUAUAAACGCACGAUAAUUUUUACUAGUCUAUAAAGAUAACUACACAGCGAGAUCUCGCUUACCGGGCUGUCUCACUUACUGUAAGCCGCGUUCACACCAGCGGCCCAGGCCUGGGCCAAUUGUGACGCAUUCACACUGGCUUGACGCCCAACUCCAGGCCAAAGCAAUCAGGCGUCAAUAUAAACGUCCUUGUGUUCCACUAAAGUAUUUAAUUUCGCGCUUUGAAUGUUUUUCCCUCCAAUUGUAUGACAAUCAUCUGACCAGUUUUCAUCGUGGGCAGAUAUUGCGAUGGUAACGGGGCCUCGCCCAGGCCAGGCCCAGGAAAAACCUGUUCACACCAGUGAUGAUCGAGGCCCAGGCCAGGCCACCUACAUUUGCUGGCCUGGAUUUCUUGACUUAGGCCAGGCUCAGGCCAGGUAAAACCUGUUCACACCUAGACCCAGACCAGGUCCAGGCCUGGGCUGCUAGUGUGAACGCGGCUUUAGCGGGCCAGCCCGGCUUCCAUAUAAACAGGCCCUAAGACGUGCAUAUACUAUACACAACAUUCCGCGAUAGAGUUUGUGAUGAAUAUGCUGCAUUAAUAUAUUUAUUUAUUAGUAAAUAAAGCUUUUAAACAUUGUUAUUUCAUGAAUUCGUUUAAAAUCAAUUUUAAAAUGGUAAGUCUUUGUUAUAUUUUAAAAAUCCUGUACAUACUAAACAAAAACAUUUAUUAUAAAAUCCUGUACUGCUGUACAUACGAAGUACCAAACAAAAACGUGUUGGCUUUCGGCCUUUCGUCUCAAAUAUAAACAGUUGAAAUUCGCUGUGAAUUGAGCUUAUAUAAAGUCUAUAAAAGAAAAAAAUCGAGCAACUUGACAUACCUCUAAAUAAAAUCUCCCUUUCUCACAAAACCUGAAUAUGAUAAGGCCAGUAUUUACACAAAAAUGUCUUUCCUUCGCUCCUGACCUCAUGUUUUAAUUGUUUAUUUGCUACAAACCUCAAAGCUGCAGAUCGAAAUUUAAACGCCAUUCGUGGUACGUCGUUCGCAGAUCACUGUACAAAGUAUUCGGCAGUCGUCGAUUUGCUAUCGUAAACUCCUGGGGUAUGAUAAUGCUCCAAUGUAAAUUCCUUACUGCAACGUCAUAAUUUGACGUCACAACUGCUGACAAAAACGUGAACGACACAAAAUCGAGAUACGCUUCAGUAUAUAAAACUGUUGGCGGGAAAUUCAAAUGCGCUAUAAUACAUCGUCAAGAAUAGGAGGCUGUCUUCGGCAGCAAUUGAACUAUUUCACAUCUACCGUUUGUCGUGCCAGCGACAACUAACGACCAAAUGGAAACUAGGCUUAAGUACUACAGGGUGUAUAAAAAAACCUACGAACUCUUUGAAAUACAAUGUUUUUAGAAUUUGCAUGAUUCAGAACUAACUGAUCCCAAGCGUGCGUAAACACAAUAGUUGACCCAUUUGCAGUCAAACUGAUAAUUAGUUUUCUACAUUACAAAUAACUUUGUGUUAUUCCAAUUUCUAUCAACGCGGUUAAUUAGAAUGUAUUUUCAAAUCCCAGGAGCAAAAGGCAAGUAGCACAGACAUUGAAAUGCUAGUAAGCUGCAGAAUUAUGCUAAUUAUAGUGUUUGCAGGUUUUUUGAUACACCCUGUAGUUAAAAUAUGAGCAGCUGAUCUUUAUGGGAAUUUACAAUGGCGAACGCGAGCCAUUGUUAAAAUGUCCAUAAAGAUCAGUUGCGAAUAUUUCAACGUACUUGUAAAAUGAAUUUAUUUGUUCACUUUAUUAGUAUUCACUGCCCGUGGGGACAAUCUCACGCGUUAUUAGCAUGCAUUUAAAAUCUGAUUAGUCAGGGGUUUUUUCCGGGAUUUUUUAGGGUCGUUAAACGGCCAAAAAAACUCAAUCUUGAAUUGAUUUUUGAAACUCAAUCUUCUCACCAAAGUUUCAGUGCAGUAAAAAUGAAGUUGUUUGAGUUAAAUUCGUGACAUGUGGAAAUUAGUUUUCAGUUGGGAACCCGACAAUUAAGAAAAAAUGGCUGGAAUUCAUCUCACAACACAAGAAAAACUAUGCAUUCGCCAUCUUUAACCAGUUUAUAGUGUCCCUUAGUGCCCCUGCUUUAACACAUUCCGUCUCAACUACAUUUAUUGAGUACAGGUGUCAGCCCCCGUUAGGUGGGGGGGGGGGUGCAGCCACCCCAGCUGUUCAGCUAAACUCAAUCUUCUCUGCAAAAACGGACCCAAGAGAAAAUCCUGGAAAAAAACCCUGAUUAGUAUUAAUAACUUUCAUAAACAUCCCUGCUUCUGAUCUUUAAUGCGGUUUACAACUUAGCUGUGUGUAACGUUAUUCUAAAACUAAGAAGCUUCAAGCAUUUAUAACAGUAAUCAAAAUACUUAGAGACCGCGUCGUCGAGUUUGCCACGUCGUAGAUUCGUAGUAGUACUAGUACUGUAUACCUGUCACGUUUUAGGAAGAGUUACUAUUUUUAGACUUUUGUAAUUUUGUAUUCUUUCGUAUUUUAAACUUAACCCUAAUCCUAACCCUAAACCUAACCCUUACUCUAAUCCUUACCCUAAUCUUAAUCUUAACCCUAAUCCUAACCCUUUCCCUACUCCAAACCCUAAUCCUAACCCUAAAAGUCUAAAAAUAGUAACUGUUCGUAAAUCGUGACUUAUAGGUAUACUUUUUCUUGCAACAUUCUGUACUACUUCAUCUGCCCUAGCUAGGGCAGUUUGCCUUCACGAAGACCAUAAUAGUGAGAUAAUGGUAUAAAAUCACUUACAGCAUUUCCAGAUGAAGGAUCAAUAAAGUCUGCCCAAUAUCCUUGACUUUUCAGUAAGUCACAAAUCUCUGUAGCAGAUUCUAUAAACUAUGCACACAACAUCUACGUUACUAAAUAGCGAAAAUAAUUUUUGAUUGUUAUAUAGUAACAUUGUUAUAUUUGAUUCAUUAACAGGUGAUUUUCCUAUUGCUCAUAUUACAUGUUAUGGUCAAACCAGGUAGUUAGAAUGAAAAUGGAGGAUUUCAAAGAACGAAGCAACACAAUAGAAUACAAAAGUGUAAGUAAAUCGUGUUUCUAUAACAUAUGACCCAAAAAUGCAGUAACUAUUCAUUAACACAAUGUUUGUCUAAGAUAUUCUUGUAAGAAUAUCAUAGAUCGGCGUUCAAUGGGACACCAUAGGUGAAUUGGGACAAGCUGGAAAUGGAUUUGGGACCAUCGUCCAUUUGGCAUUUAUCCAAAUUCACCCCGGGUGUCCCAAUUAACCCUGGACUACGGUAUCGUAUUCUAAUAGGCCAUCAUUUGUCUAAGAUAUUGCGACAUAUAUAACAGUUUAAUGUUAUUUGUUUAGUCUUAAACUGACAAUAUCUGUCGGCACAUUUUCCACAAAUGUGUAGAGCCUGAGGAAAGCUUGAGAAAUGAAGUUGUUUUAAAUUGGCCAAUCAAGUGAAACAAUAAAACAUGGUAUUACUAUUGCAUCUGGUAACGGGGAAACUAAUAUAACUUGAACUUCACUUUUAGGCAGAGGAGAGAGCGGACGUAAUGGAAACCUGCCUUUAACCUUUUGGUGUCUCUUCUUGUGUCUCUCUGUAGUCUGAAUGGAUGCGAGCCUCGCUGAGCGAUCCUGAGCAGACUCGUACCACGAUUUGCGAGUCUGACUCGUACCAAGAUUAACAAUACUUGUACUUACAUUUUUUAAUAGUUCUUCUCUUUCUACAUCAACAUCUUGUGACCAUACCGUCAUAUCAUUUUUGGUAUGUUGACAAAUACUGACCACUGUCAUUUCACCUGCAUCAAAUUUCUUCUCUGGAAACAGAUCUGAGAAACUCCUCUGAAGCGAUGCACUACAUUUCUGCAUGGAACAUUCAACUUCACCCUACAAGAAUACGACAUGAAAUAAUAACAUGGUAUAUUAAUUCAAUGCAUGUUGUGACAGUGAUAGACCUGUUUCAGAUGUCGAACUUUUCAUGCGCGAAAUCGUAGGUAAAUGACCUUGCGGCUAAACUCAUUGAUUGAGCUCACCUGCAUUAGGUCACAGUGUAGUGGCAUGCAAGCAAGCAAGCAAGCAAGCAAGCAAGCAAGUGCCCUAAAGAGAGGCCGUCACACCCUGAAAACAUAUUGAAAUUUAAUGUUCCAGGGGGUGAAUAUCUCUCAUUAGGCCACUUGCUAAGAACAUGGCCUGCCAGCUAUUUUGGUGAAAACUACCUUACGGUUUUCCCGCAGACGUGGGACCUCUGUAUGUGGUACUCUGUGAUGAGGUUUGGUAAAUAAAAAAGUUCGCCGUCUGAAACAGGCCAUUUUGCAAUUGAAGAUGUACUGUACAGUAUUACCUACCCGUGUCUCGUUUUGUCUUACUUAAAAAAUCAUUGAUAUUGUUUGACGUAUUUCUUCAAAAUACUAUUCUAUCUCAAUAAACAUGUCAACCCUUAAUGUGCCAUCGAGAUUGCUGCAGUACGUAUCUUCCUCUGGCUUAUGGAGAAAGUCCUCGGCAAUUGUUAUUUCUAUCCGGGUUUCCAAGCAAACCAGGAAACGUUGUUUGCAUCAGUAUAGCAAACGUUAACGAGCUAGACAAGGUAUAUUUUAGAGCUUCUUCAGAAAUAAUUCUUCGUUCUGUAUGAAGCAAAUUCUGUUACCAUCAAUCCACAAUGUGAAAAAACGUGGAAGUAUAUAUAAUUCAUAGAAACAUUGAAAUUUCCAAAUGUUUUGCCCAAAGCUUUACACUUACACCAGUAGCAUUUUCAAACAUUUCUUUUGAGUUGCUUUUAUUUCUUUCUUUUGCUUUCUUUUUAUUAUCCACAUGAGUGUUAUGUAGAAACUGUGCAAGAACGUGAUCCUUGUUCAUUUCAUUUGUUUCAACAUCUAGAAAUGCCGAGGCUAAACUUUGUUGAUUUUCAGGCGUCUGAAAUGUCUCACUGCACAUGUUUACAUCUAUGUUCAUGUUUCCUGGCAAAGGAAAUUUCGGGUCUUUUGCAGCGAAUGGUCCAAGAUCUGAAAUGCAAAGAUAAUUAUAGUAUUAUGUGGGCAAUUAUUGGUUAGUAAUGUACCUGAAAACUUUCAAUUCUGAUAAAAGCCCAGAUCAACCUUGGUUAUCUGUUCUUAGUUGAUACUUUCCCAACACUAUCGUCCAUACUACGAUUAUGAUUAGCAUUUCUAUAGCAUACUACGAUUACGAUUACUACGAUUUCCCAACACUAUCAUCCAUACUACGAUUAUGAUUAGCAUUUCUAUAGCAUACUACGAUUGCGAUUAGCAUUUCUAUAGCAUACUACGAUUUCCCAACAAUAUCAUCCAUACUACGAUUAUGAUUAGCAUUUCUAUAGCAUACUACGAUUACGAUUAGCAUUUCUAUAGCAUACUACGAUUGCGAUUACUACGAUUUCCCAACACUAGCAUCCAUACUAUAGUAUAGUAAAACUUUAUUUAACCACGCUUCCCUCAUCACCCAUGGAUGAUUUUCAUGAGGGGCGUCACACAAAUUACAUUCUAAAAACUAAUAUAAAUUAAAUAUGAAAUAGAAUAACAUAGAAUAACAAAUACGUAGAUAAAAAAGUUAAAAAAACCAAGACUAUUCGAUGCCUGACUCUGUAGCACACAUUAUUUUAUCAAAUUUUUGAAGCUACUUAAAGAUUCUGUUUGCUUUGUCUGCGUAGGUAAACUACUCCAUAGAACAGCCCCGCUAUAUCCAAAACUCUUUUUUAAAUAUUCAGUACGUGGUUUAGGAACUGAAAGAUUUAUAUCAUCAUUUCUGAGAUUAUAAUUAGUACUAAGAUUUAUGUCCCUUGUUACAAAUAUAUCCUUUAAGUUCGGAGCUGAGUGGUUGUUUAAUAUUUUAAACAUCAAGACCGAUUUAUUCAUUUUAUGUCUGUCGUUCAGAUUUUUCCAUGACAUAGCAUGGAGCAAAUCUGUCGACCUGACAUCAUAAUUGGCACCUGUCAUAAUUCCUGCCGCCCUAUUUUGUAGUUUUUGUAAUUUCUCGCUGAGCAUGCUUCCACAAUUAUCCCAUAAAGAUGAACAAUAGUCAAAAUAUGGGAGAACGAGAGAAUUAUAUAAAUUUUGUAGUGUUUCGGACGGUACAAACGGCUUUACUCUUUUGAUGAUUCCAAUACCGGAGCCAACGUUCCUACAUAUUGUGUCUAUAUGGUUUUCCCAGCUCAUUCUUUCAUCUAGUUCUACUCCCAGACAUGGAAAAGAGGAAUAUCGAGUAACCGGUUUAUCAUUUAUCAUAACCUGUUCAUUACCAACUUUGUUUUUUAAGUUAUAGGGUGAUCCUAUAAACAUUGCUUUUGUCUUUUUUGUGUGAAGUUGCAAUUUAUUUCGAGAGAGCCAUUUGACUAUAUUUUCUAAAUCCUGAUUAAGUUUGGUUACUAGUUCGGAGAAACUUGCAGAAGAUGCAUAUAUUUGAGUAUCGUCAGCAUACAUGCCAGGAGGUGUGUUUUUCAGACAUUCUGGCAAAUCAUUUAUAUAUAGUAAAACUGAACAUGAGGGGUCCCAAGAUAGAUCCCUGUGGAACUCCGCAUACAAUUUCCUUAGCCAACGAUUUGUGGCCAUCGACAACACAAACUUGGCUUCGUUUCGUCAAAUAGGAUUGGAACCAUUUUAGCUCAAAAUCUUGAACACCAAACUGGUCUUGCAUCUUCCUUAAUAGGGUUUUAUGAUCAAUGGAGUCAAAGGCUUUCCUAAUAUCAACUGAAAUUAAUCUGGUUAUUUCUCCAUUAUCCAUAUUUUCAAACCAAUUGUCACUCAUUUCUAUUAAUAAGGACAUUGUCGAAUGUUUGGGCCGGAAGCCCGAUUGAAAACGUAAAAGUAGGGAAUUGUCUAUCAGAUAUUGAUAGAGCUGUCCAAAUACUUCUUUCUCGAAUAAUUUGCUGAUAAUGGGAAGAAUAGAUAUCGGGCAAUAGUUUUCACAUUUCGUUCUAUCUUCUGUUUUAUAAACAGGUAUUACCCUAGCUCUUUUCCAAUCAUCAACAUAUAUCCCAGUAGAAAUUGAGAGAUUAAAUAUAUAGGUCAAGGAUGGGGCAAUAAUAUCGCAAGAUAAUUUCAGCAUUUUGGCUGGUAUUCCAUCAGCCCCGGUAGCCUUGGAUACUUUUAGAUUUUUCAGGUUUUUUAGAAUAUUGGAUUCAGUAAUUGUAUGGAAAUAGAAUUUUGAAUUUUCACCAAUUGAAUUACAAUGCAUGUCUUCAUAAUCCGAAAGACGUCCACAUUCAGCAGCGAGUGUUGGGCCAAUAUUAACAAAAUAGUCGUUUAAGUGUUCAGCUAUUUGUUUGCGAUCAUUAUAUAUUAUGCCAUUAAUAUUAAUUUCUGCAAUGUUAGAUGAUUUCCCACCUUUGCCCAAUAGGGUGUUUAUCAGUGACCAUGUUUUUUUCAUGUCUUUAGCUAGGGAAAAUUCCUUAAUUCUUGUUUGAUAAUAGACAGUUUUGGCCCUUUCAUUUCCGAGUUAACUUUAUUUAUCUCCGAUUUAUAUUUAUCACAGUGAACCUGGGAGUUAUAUCUCUUUGCUCUCUUUUUAUGAUAGUCUCUGGAUCUUAUUAGUUUUUUAAUGUUGGAAUUUAUCCAGAGAACAGAAUUGUGCUUAAUGCUUUUAUAAAUUAGGGGUGCAUGUCUGUCAAGAGCUUCCAAAUAAAAAGAUUUCCAGACAUGCCAAUUGUCGUUCGGGUUCAUAUACCGUGUAGCUAAAUACCAAGGUAUUCUGGACAGUUCCUCAAUAAAAUCAGUUUCAUUAAAUCUUUUGAAAUUUCUAACUUUUGAACGGGUUUGCCUAUAUUUAGGCAUUGUCACUUUUUUCACUGCAAAAAUUAAACUGUGAUCUGACAUUCCCAAGUCAAUAACACCACUAUUGGAAAUGUUAUUGGGUUGAUUGGUGAACACUAUAGAUCAAUUAAAGAUGAUGAUGUGCUUGUGACUCUAGUUGGCUCCUUGAUCAAUUGCUCUAAGUUAUAUAAUGUGCUCAGAAAUAUUAAUCUUUUGGUACUGGAGUCUUUUUGGUGUCUUAAUCAUAUUACAAUUUAUGUCACCAAUAACAAUCAACUCCGUACUUUCAGCAUCACAUUUACUAAGAAAUAUUUCAAAGAAAUCAAAUAAUUUCAUCUCAGAGUUGGGCGGUCUGUACCAUGCACUAAUGAGAAAUGGCCUACUUCGUGGUUUACAAAUCUCAAUACAAAUCAUUUCAAGAUCAUCUGAAUUUAAGAGCAUAUGUCUGUAACGGUCGAGAAACUCGGGACAGUUGCGAAAAAUCAGACUUGAACUUAUUUCACUAAAAUAACCCUUCUGGAUAGGUAUUUCAGAAAACAUGAUCGAAAAGUCGCAGCUUAAGUUUAAUAAAUCGGUUAAAAUGUUGUUUUUUUCCCAAUUAAUAUGCACGAAUUGAGAGCCAACUUAAACAAUAGAAAGACGACAUGGAAAACAAUCAAUCCAAACCAUCUUUAGCAUGAAGCUAACUUAAUAUUGUAUCUUCAAUUUGUACUAAUACAUUUUUAUCAACUGUUUCUUCGACACAUAUCUUUAGCCCCAUAAAAACCCUCAUUAUUUUGUGGUCAAUCGACAGUCAAAUUUUUAACGAAAUUUGGACUCAAAUAACUCUGCUGGUACCUUACAAAUCGAAAACAGAGCCACGUCACAUUAAAAGAUAUCUCUUCUCGUGUCCCUGAACCGAAAUUCAGCUUCUACAAAUAAAACGCCAAUCGAGGAGCGAAGUUUAAUGGGAGGUGGUCAAGCAUGAAAUGUUAUACUAAUUAAUUUCAAGCGCUGACAUCAAUAUGCAAAUUGCACGAGCAUGAAAACCUUGUCACGAUAAUAUUUCGUCACAAAACGUGUGGUGAAACAAAAUAAAAUGUUUUUCUAGGUUUAAAAAGUUACCAUAUAAAUCGCUACUCACUAUAAAUCAUGAAAAAUGACAAUAAACAAGCUAGAAGGAAAGGACACAACCGGUCCAGAACAAUUUACAUUCAAAGAAACGUAUUAACGACGUGUGUAUACGUUCUACUGAGAUUAUAAGUUGCCAACAUUUCCCGCUCCAAAACGAAACUAUUAACUGUUGUCUUGAUAUGCGAGACUUUAUAUGUUUUACUAAGUGUUGAGUAACAAGUAAAAAUCUGUAAAAAGAUAAGGAAAGCCAAUGGCAAUGAAUUAGUCUUUACUAUAGUUGCGUUGCUAUAUACUGCUCAGAAUUUUCCCACGCUAGUAAACAGUGUCAGUACGGUACCGUAAUUUGCUUAGUUGACAAAUGUCAUUUACAAUAUUGUCUCGAUCUGGCCCACUCUUCAAAUAUAUAUACCUUUCACCAGAUUAACUGACGUGUUCUUAAAUCUAAAACGGAUUAGACGCAAUGUAUUUCUAAAUGCAAUACAACUCAAACAAUAACAAACAUUACAAUCACAAUAACAAUCAAAGUUAAUAAUUAAACUUAGCUAUAGUCUUAAACAAAUUUCGAAACUCUGUGCCUUUCAGUAAGAGUUGAUAUUCCUUGUUAUUUUCUUUUACUGCAUGGACGAUGGCGUUUAUUUGCGGCUUUUCAGAGCUAGUUGGCGAUAGCUCGUGUGGAGUCAGUUCAGAAUACCCUGAACAGUUAAAAUGUAUUCUAUUGACUGAAUGUCAAAAAGAUAUUUCCAGGCAUCUACAGAUAUAUGGUAUUUCUGAAGACCAGUCUCUUUGUAGUGAAAUGGCGUUGAUUCUUGCUCGUGCAGGUAGCAUAACUCAUAUUUCUAACAAUAUCUUUGCCAUCAUAUAUAUAUAUUUAGUGAAGAACUUUUUAAUUUCAUCAGGUAUAUUUGUAGUUGAUGAAUCGCACAAUUGUAUUACUAUAUGCCCUAAACACCGAAGCGAAUACGGGAUUCGAUGGCGAUGCCGUAGAGUGCGAUGCUCGGUACCUGAAUCCCUGGCUGCAUACAAAAAUUCAAAUGUGAAAGCCAUUAAAAGAAUACUGUGCCUGCAAUCAUCACUGAUUUUGAAAAAGACAGGAUUGAUCGUAGCCGUUGGCUCACGUAAGUAUCAUUUUUGUACAUUUCCUAGAAUUAAUACUUCGAUUCAACGCAAGUUGGUUGCAUGCUCUCCUCUGUAAAAUUAAACUGCAUGUACAGUAUGCAUUUCCCGAUCGAAUAAGAAACCUGUUUACUCUGAAUAAUUGCGGAAAAUAUAAUUUAAAGUACACAAAAUUAAUAAUUUGUUUCCUGUCUGCAAGAACUAAAUAACAAAGCGCAGUCAAAGUCAAAGAACAAAGGAAACAAUUGUGAUAGGGCUUGUGCGUAUAUUUGAAUGAAUUAUAAUAUUAAUUUUGAAACAAAUGAUAGCGAUAUUACAUUUAUUAAACGACGUUUCGAUGCUACAGCGUGCAUCAUUUUCAAGUUAUAGUAAUUACAUAUAUUGCGUUGAUUUUAAUUAAACCGUUCAAUUAUAAUAUUGAUCUAUUUAAGUAAUUAUAGUUUUUUCGUUGUAUAGCAAUAUGCAUAACAUGUGCUGCUUAUCUGAAAAGCAUUCGAGACAACGAAGCUGAAAAUGUCGAUGAAUCUGAGCCAGGUCUUAUUGAGGUAAAUAAUUUAUGAUUGACUGGCCGAUCCCUGUCUUUCCCAACAGCCACUUCGCGCGUCGCCUUCCUGCCUGAAUACUUCAUGUAUUAUAUUUCAACCUUCUGGCCGUGGGUAUGAGGCAGGGCACUAUAAGGCCCUUUGGGAUCCCGAGACUGCACGCAGGAUACAAAGUUAAUAGUUUUUAUUCGUUUAGCGAAGUAAACCUAUGGGUGACGAAGAAAGUGACAUCGACUCAUGCGAUGGAGUGAUUCAAUCUCUCAGCCAAUUAAAAAUUGAAGAAAACUCACCUAGUUCAGAGACGAUGAGCGACGCAUCCGGUGAUAAACCUACUUCAGAUGCAAAAGUCUCUGAUGACACAUUCCUCAGCCCAGACACUGCAAGUAUUGGAUCUACUAGUAGUGAAGAAGCGCUAAUAUGUCAUCACAGCAAAACAUUCGAAAAGUUGAACGACUUUUUAUUAGUUUCUAAUAUUCCUCCCAUUCAAAGACGAUGGAUGAGCUGAGAUGAAAUAAGUGAGAAAACAAGGCAACGAUAUACAAGGAGAGGUGCUGAAAUUCUAGCUGCUGUUCUUCAAACCAUAUCUCCUGAAAAUGCUGGAUCGAUUUGGCAGGCUGUAUCGUCAUCUUCUACAAUCAAUAGGCUUUUUGGUAUAAGUGAAGUUACAAUGGCUGACCAACGUUAUUUAAAUGUUUUAGCUGGAUCAUAUAAGAAUGCGUCGAACUGGGAAAGCCGCAAGCAAAUCCUAUCUAUAAUGACUGAUUUAGCAAGCUAUUCUGUAAUCUCAUCCUUCAUUCCAGGUAUUACUAAAUACAGAUACACGGCAGCAAAUUUACAUCGUUUGCAGUUCGGUCGCGGUGUUCCAGUUCCUGCCCAAACAUCCGUUCGUGUCAGAGUAGAUUUAAAACAGCUCGACCACUUCCUGUCAUUUAUAACUAGCCCACAUUUGGUUCAAGAUCUUCCUUUUGGUCAAAAGCACCUCACGCUUUCAUCUGGCAAAAUCUUAGAAGUACCUAAUGUGAUACGUACAAUGAUACCACGACGGACUGUAGAACAGUACAGUAGAUACUGCGAAGAAACUAAUUUUCAACCAUUUAGCGAAAGUACAAUGGUUCGCGUAUUAUCAGAGUGCAGUGCGUCUGUCAGAAAAUCACUUCAAGGUCUUGAUUAUUUCGCUGCAGAUGGAUCACGGGCCUUUGACGAGCUAUUGGCACUAAUUCCCAAGCUUGUUGAAUAUGGUGCUACGGAUAGGGAAUGGGAAGUGAAAACAGCAGAAAAUCUAAAGACAGCCAGACUUUACUUGAAAGGAGAUUUUAAGGUACACUAGACAAAAAAUAUUACUUACAUUCGUCAUAAGGGACUGCUCAAAAAGUACAGGAGAUUGGGUCUUAAGCAUUCCCCUAAUUUGAAACUGAAAACGUCCCAUAAUAUAGCAUUCACGUUCCCCCACCGAAAAUUUUGUUUCCCGGCCCUCUUUAAAGUCUUACUACUGUAUACCAGUGGAUUAAACAGGAAAAAAAUAGGGAGUCGCUCAUCCUAUUUGUGGCCAAAAAGAGGUGGGCCAGGAAACGAAAUGCACCAUGCCAAAGAGGGUUUUCCAGCCACCUAUUGCACUUUAUAUAGACCAAUAUUUGUUUUAAAUCAUUUUCCCGCCAGGUGCAUCUUGACAAUGCUGAUGAAGUAGCAGAUCACUGCUUAGUCUUUUCCCUUAGUGACAGUGGAGAUACUGACUUCCAGAAAAAAUGUAAUCACAAACACGAUGCCGUUUGUGAGCAGUGCCUGGCUCUUGAAGAAACUUUGAAAGACGUCGAAGGAUGCUUCAAAGCGGCAGAGUUUCCAUCCGUUGAUGAGAGAGAUGACGUGCACUACACUGUACGAUCAGCCGUGCUUGCCAUCAAUUCAUGGAAAUGCCACAUACUCAGGUCUUCCAAACAGGAUCAAGCACGACUCGAUGUUCUUAAGCUUCUCGAUGAGAAGACGGUAUUCAUUGUCAAUGAUUGGGCAAUGAAGUUUUUGCCCCAGAGAUAUCGAGAAUCCCAGCAAGACUGGUUUGGAAAGCGUGGCAUUUCGUGGCAUAUAUCUGUUGUAUACAGACGUAAUUGUGGCAAACUACAGUGGCAGUGUUUCGUACACAUCAUCCAAUCAUGUAGCCAAGACAGUCCAGCAGUGGUUACCGUAAUGGAGGAUGUACUUAGAGCCCUGAAGCAAGAAUAUCCCGAAAUCACAACAGCCUACUUUCGACAGGACAACGCAGGUUGUUAUCACUCGGCGACAACAAUCCUGUCCUGCCCCAACAUAGCGAAAGCAUCUGGAGUAAAGAUAGCCCGCCUUGAUUUCAGCGACCCCCAAGGUGGCAAAGGAGCAGCAGAUCGUUUAGCAGCAACAUGUAAAAACCAUAUUCGUGCUUAUAUAAAUGAAGGCAAUGAUGUACUUACGGCAGAACAACUCAAGGAGGCCAUUCUCUCACAUGGAGGUAUAAAUGGCGUGCGCGUAGUUUCAAUGGAGUCCAUUGGAAACACACGUGAGUGUACAGAGAAAAUUCCAGGCAUCAGUAAGAUGAACAACUACAAAUUCAUGUCAACCGAUAAAAUCAAAGUCUGGCGUGCCUAUAAAGUGGGUAAAGGAAAGAUCAUCAAAACUGCAAACCGUCGGUCGGUCAGUUAACUAAUUCAUCAAUUAAUUAAUUAAUUAUUCCAUUAAUUAAUUAUUCCAUUCAUUCAUUCGUGCGUUCAAUCAUCGAUUCAUUCAUUCAUUUUGUUUUAGAUUCUACUUACAACUGGUUGGAGUCAAACUUUUCAUCUGGUGGAUUCAAAACCAUUUCUCAAGAACAAGGCAAGACCCAGCAUGAAAAAGAUCAUACUGCAGAGAAACGCACUGACGGGAGUAGCCAGAAUAAUAUUCAAGCGGUCCACCAUUGUCCUCAUGAUGGAUGUGUACGUAUGUUUCAGAGACUUGGUAAUCUGGAAAACCACCUAUCGACUGAUAAAUGUACGCAGACUCUGGAGAAACACACACUUUUAGAUCUGGCAAAAAUGGGCUACAAAAGUUCGUUGGAGGAUGGUGCUGGUGUAACACCAACUUUACAAGCAAGUAAAGCAGGCCAUGAAGGUAGGAAUGCUAGCCCCCUUGCUGAGGGCUGGGCUCUUCGAGCAUCGAAGAAGACAUACCGUUUCAGCGAGAAGCAAAAGGAUUACCUUCUGGCCAAAUUCGAAAUAGGUGAAUCAACUGGUAGAAAGGUCGAUGCUAAUACUGUAGCCCAAGAUAUGAGACGUGUUCGCGAUUCUGAUUACGAAAGACUUUUUCAAGCGUCAGAGUUUUUAAGUUGCCAACAGAUUACCUCUUAUUUUUCCCGACUCGCAGCGAAGCGUCGAAAAGCGGCAUCGACUGAAUCCGACUUAAUGGCUAUUGAAGAAGAAAUUGGCUUCACGAGGGCAAGAAACAGUGCAAUGGAAUCUAUCGGCCUUGAGCACCCCAUUGUCUAUGGCCAAUACAAUGUUUGUGCCACGAUAGAAAAGAACACUUUAAAAAACCUGAAACUUGGAAUGUUACAAGUCAUGAGCGAGAAACUUUGUCUUCAAGUUCCAAAAAAAGCAGCAAGAGCAAAAGCGCCAUAUUUGAAACUACUGAACGACGCAUUCAAAAGCUGCAGCUGUCAGCAGUAAGGAAAGUUGCUAGAUUUAGCUUACAAAAACUCAUUUGGUGUUAGUACCUAAUUCGUACUAAACGAUACUAAAGUCCCGAUCAAACGAGGAUGAGAGUGCAUGAGAGUUGCCAGUCAUGCGUCUCUUCCCAAUGCCUUCAUGAACUCUAUUGAAGUUGAAACAUUGCCGAUCGGAACAGUCAUCAAAUUUUAAUUUUAUUAAUAUAGAGUUUAAAAUGUCCUCCGCAACAAUGCGUAACUGAACAACUCUCAGUAACUGUCAUACUCGCUUUAUCUAGGCUUAAAUAGCGCAUAUUGGUGCUUACAUGAGUUUACGGGGCUGUGUUUUAUAUCUCUCCACUCGUAAGAGCGUUUUCGAUGUAUAGACCUCAAACGUAAAGCCAAAUUGCAUUGAAAUACAUGCAUUUCUUAGCAAAAGUUCAUUAAUGUAGAUACAGCAAGGCUUUUUUUGUGCACCAAUAAGUUAUUUUAAUAAGUUAUUUUGAGCUUAAAAGCUUCCAACCCUGAAUGAUCCAACAUCCAGGACACUACGGCAAUUGAUCAAAUGCAUUGGAGAAAUUGCAGAAAAUUUAAAACUGCAGUGUGGAUAGUAGAAUUUCUUGUCCUCCCAUUUUCUGUCCCAUAUUCGAUUGACGAUUUGAAAUUAUUCCAUUAUUCAAUUUAAAGAGUUAAAGAGUUUUUGUAAAAUGUCUGUUCACACGUUCACAAAUCAGUUUUGUGACGAAAUACAUAAAACUACAAAUUUCUUCAUGCUGUUAUAAUUUGCAUGUUAGCAACAUUUCGUGCUUCACCACGUCCGAAUAAACUUCGCUCCUCGAUUGGCGUUUUACUUGUAGAAGUUGAAUUUCGGUUUAGGGAUACGAGAAGAGAUGUUCUUUAAUGUGAUGUAGCUCCCCUUUCGAUUUGUUAGGUACCAGCAAAGUUAUUUCAGUCCAAAUUUCGUUAAAAAUUUGACAGUCGAUUGACCAUAAAAUAAUGAGGGUUUUUAUGGGGCUAAAAAUAUGUGUCAAGGAAACAGUUGAUACGAAUGCAUUAGUACAAAUUAAAGAUACAAUAUUAAGUUAGUUUCAUGCAAAAGAUGGUUUGGAUUGGUUGUUUUCCAUGACGUGUUUCGACUAGUUCAUUCGGGUCUCAAUUCGUGUAUAUUAAUUGGGAAUAUAUAACAUUUUAACCAAUUUAUUAAACUAUCGAAAAUUUCAUAAAAAUAAAAUCGCGCUGCGACUUUUUGAUCAUGUUUUCUGAAAUACCUAUCCAGAAGGGUUCUUUUGGUGAAAUAAAGUCAAGUCUGAUUUUUCGCAACUGUCCCGAGUUUCUUGACUGUUACAGACAUAUGCUCUUAAUAUUCAUCGCCAGGCUUUCUAUUUUCUUGAUACAAACACUUGGAUUAUCUACUGGCAGGUUAUUCGUGCCAGCAUGCAAAAUAAUAUGUGAAGGAGAAACGGACUUGUCCGACUUGAUAUUUUUGACUUCCGAGAUUAUCUCUUCGGCUAUCUUUCCAGGAAUGAAUGUUUAUUAACUUUCCUUCUAGAUAAUUUCCUGGGAUGUAUAUUUUUUAUUAUUGAGUCUCCGUACAACAAGAUAGAUCCAUCGCCUUUGACGUCACUCUUUGUCUUACUAUAGACUCUGGUGUAAUCAACGAUUCAUUGCCUAAUGAUUUAGACAAUUCUCCGGCUUCGCUGGGGUCAUUAAUCGGACCGGUUAACAUCCCAGAUCCAUCGCCAUUGUCGUCGCUGACUGACUUGCUGGAUUCUAGUGUAAACAACGAUUCAUUGCCUAAUACUUGAGUCGAUUCACCGGCUUCACUGGGGUCAUUAAACGCUUCGUUAACUUCGCUUUCGGGAGCCUGUGGAAUUUCUAUGAGGGGAACUUGUGAACAGUCCGGUUUAUUAUAUUGCUGAUUAUUGUCUAUCUCCUUGCGAAACUGUGAGAUAGUUUCGGUAAGAUGAUCUACAGAGUGUGAUAGAGAUUGGACUGCAACUCUGUUGAGCUCUUGGCCAGAUCGAAGAUCAUCUUUAUGGGAAUAGACAUCAUUGACUUUACAAUUAGUUGACUACAAAAUGACCAGUAGGCAUAUAAAACUUUUUAGUAACAAAAGGCAUAUGCAUAUCGUGUUACAUGCAUGUGAACAUACUUCCUAUUAAUUAUUUAAUAUAACUCGGCCAAAAAUUCGUUUUUGCAAUUUGUAAGUUGAAAAUAUAGUUUAGGGAUCGGAGAAAUAUUGUAAUUAAUGUAAAGCUAUUUUUAUCAAUAUUCAUCGCAUUUCGGAAGCUGAUUUUGGGCGGUUGAAGUUUUCGUUAAUUAACAAUUAUUCGCCGAAAGCGAGGUGAUUAUCGGUGAAUAAAAACCGAGACAAAGUCGAGGUUUUUAUUCACGAUAAUCACCGAGCCUGAGGUGAAUAAUUAUUUUAGUAUAAUUUCAUAGGUGAUUAUUUGAAAAAAUUAAACAUUUCUUCGUCAUUUAAUUGACAAAACGGCUUCGGCCGCCAUUUUGAAAAUCGCUUAGGUGAUUAUCGCGUUAUAAUCACCUCAACGGCAACCAAUCAGGGUGGAGAAUUUUUAAUAAUCACCUAUGUAAUUAUGCUAAUAAAGAAUAGUGAGCUUAAGCAAGUGACGUUUUUGACAACACGAGCGGCAUGAGUAACGUCAGAAGACUGGGUCAAGGGCUGUGAUUGGUGAAAAACGUCAACUUUACUUCCGGUCGACGUCCGUGUUGUCAAAAACGUCACUUGCUUAAGCUCACUUAUAUCAGCUGUGGAUGACCUUGCAAACCUAAAUACCAAAAAAAAGUGCAAACCAGUGAACUCUAAUAAGACUGGAACGAUAACUCAGGUAAACAUGCCCAUACUUGCCUAUAUAUAUAUAUAUAUAUAUAUAUAUAUAUAUAUAUAUAUAUAUAUAUAUAUAUAUAUAUAUAUAUAUAUAUAUAAUGAUACGAUGUUAUUCUUUAUAUCGCGAUUAAAUUUUAGUAAACUUGUCAAAAACUUGAAAGAAGAAUACCAAACGAAACUACUUCACUAUCAAAGUUUCUGUCAUCAAAAUCGAAACCUUUAAAGUUCAGAAGAUAUGUCUAUUUUCGGCAAAAUGUCCGUUCGGCAAAACGUCCGUCGGCAAAAUGUCCGUUCGGCAAAACAUCCGUCUGCAAAAUGUCCGUUCGGCAAAAUGUCUUUCGGCAAAAUGUUCGGCCAUCGCUGCAGCUGUCAGCUGGCUUUUGAUCUUUGAAUACAGACAUGCAGUGACAUCAUCCCGACUUUUUGCCUAUGCUGUUUUGAUUAAAAAGCAAGUUUAUAUGUAAAAUUACUAGAGCAAAGAGAGCAAUUUAUUUUAUUAAAGAGGCUGUCAUUUCCAGCAUGGUCUUGAUUUUGAUAUAUUAGACAAGAAAGACCAACACACAGAUAUUGGGUUCCUUUCAGUUAAUUCGGGAAAUUUCGUCCCGUCAAAUUAAAGUGCUUGUAAAGUAUACGGGUUGUAAAAAGGAUAACAAAAAUAGUAAGUCUGUUGACUAAAUCAAGAACUAAAUUUGCUGUCAAAGUUGCACGAGUUUCAUCGAACAAUGCAAUUUUCGAAACUUAAUGCACGUUUGCAUGGUAAAUUAUGAGUGGGUGUUUUUAAUUAAAAUUGAGGGAAGGAAUUAUACGACACAAAAGUUUAAGCGUUAUUUUAUAUAUGAAAAAUAAAAAAUGGAAACGUAAAACAUAACAUCCAAAAAACAUAAAAGUUGAAUAGUACAGAGGGCCCCCUAUACUUUUUGCGUGAAGCGUGAAGGGCUUAUUUUACUUAGCCGUGAAACGUGAUCGGGCCCCCUAUAAUUUUUGCGUGAAGCGUGAAGGGCUUAUUUUACUUAGCCGUGAAACGUGAUCGAUGAUUUUCUUAAUCCGUGACUCGUGAAAAGGCAAAAUAUUUUUACGUGAAAGCAUAUUAUGAAGAGGUAUAGGGGGCCCUCAGUACAUGAAAGUCCUCUAAUUUCUUUUAUACUGCAGACAACCUUAUUUAUUACACUUGGGAAGAUUUAGUACUAAAUAUUAUACUCUCGGUGAAUAGGUAACUUAUAAUUAAUUAUGCAGUCUCCAAAAUGGGAUGUAAAAAUCAUAAAAGAUAACCAAGGAUAAAAAUUUCACACUUUUUUAAAUCUUAAGAUAUAUAUGGAGUGAUAGCUACAAGAACUGAUGUAAAUCUAGUAAAAUGGAAAUUUCGAUCCUCAUCAAUCUAACUAAUACUGUAAUUAUAUAACUUACAAUGUUUAUAGUGUUUUUACAAAGGAAUCCAAUUUCAAAUGAAGUUUUUUACUACUAUAAAUUCAUCAACAUGAGUGCCACAAUUAAUUAAGUUUUUGGUAAUUUGCCAAACUGAAAUGUAUGGAAAUGACGAUACUUUGACGUAUUUUCGUAUUUUCCAUAAUUAUGACUUUAAAAAAUGGAGUUCUUGGCCUAUGAGAAAUUUAAGACAGCUUUUUUUUCUCGUUUGGAUAUAUAUUUAGUUUUCACCUUAACUGAAAAGAAAUUUUGCACCCGCAAUAAAAUGCACCCUACUACAUAUUAAUACUGAAUUGUGCUUUUUUUUAUAAAGGACGCAUUGUAUAUGUGGAGGCUAAAAAGCCUGGUUCUCACUACAUGAAUAAUAUUGCAUGUCAGCGAUUUUUCUUAGAGAUGUUUAUUUCUGUAGAGCGAUUCUAUACUUUUGUGUUCAAUUUCAUUUAUUCGCUGAUUCGCAUCUCCAUAUCAGCGAAAAUCGCCGACAAAAUUGCUGUGUGAACGAUUGGCGGAACAGAAUUGCUGCACGUCGAUGGAAAACAGUUCUCAAUCAUUACAACUAUUUUGGAUUCUCUGUUAAUUGCCGUUUAAGAGAUACAUAUACGUAAGAUUUCGAAUUCCCAAUUCUGGAUUUCCCCGACUGAUCCUGAUAUAGGUAAGUGAAACUUGUACAUAUAACAUGAACUCUUUUAUGCAGGUGCCACUGUUCGCCGGUUGAGAACCUGUAAAGCUUGCACUCUUAGCUCUUUCUUCGUCCAAAAGAAUAUGACUGAAUUAGCGCUUGAAUUUAACAUUAUAAAUGUUAUUGACCACGUCUGGUAUACCAUGUCGUCCAAACCACUCAGUUUGAAAAAUCCACCAAGUAACAACGGUAGGAAACAUAUAACGAAGCACAUUAACACGAGAAAACAUGAUUUUGCUUGUUUUAUUUCGCUUAGAAACUUUUGUCGUUUAGUCGAGUUUUCUUCUCUUGCAUUGUUUUGAAUCUUGUCUGAACGUGCUAUCUUUAAAACAACAAUAUAAAUUCUUGUGUAGACAAACGUAUUUAGAAUGAAAAACAGCAGUAUCAGAAUAAUAGAAAAAUUUGUAAUUACUGAUGGAACUGGCAGUGAGACACCAACAAGUAGCGUGAUUAGAAAGAUUACACAGCAUUCAUAAAUCAAAAUUCGUUUUUUAGUCACUUUCGUGCUGUAGGCAUACGGAUGUAAAACACCAAUAUAUCUUUCUAUUGUCAUAGCAGACAGCGUUAGAAUAGAUAUACCACUUGGAAUAAAAAGGAUUUGAAAUACGAGAAAGUCUACGGUGCAAUUCUGAAACCCGACCAUUGGAGAAGCAACAGAGAAGAUUAAUAUAGGAAUACCAAGAGCACCGACUGUCAAAUCCACCAGAGAUUGGAUGACAACAAGAAAGUAGCACGGUUUGCUACUCAAGCGAGUAGAUUUCGUAAUUGCCGCUACAGAGACAGCGUUCAAUACUAUUGUUGGAAUUAUUAAGAGACUGUUCAUCGCAACCACCAAAACACUACUGAUCACAUACGAAUCAGAUGAAAACCUUACAAUUAUUCUGCUUGUUCUUCCAAAAACUGCAAUGCACUCUUUUAUAAAAACAUCAUCAUGUGUAGAAUUGUUCAUGGUUUUGGCCAAUUUGACAAUUUCGCCUAGAAGAUCCUUUCACUCAGAUGCCUUUCAAUUCAUUACGCGCAAUGUAACUUAUAUGAUAUUAAUAUAUUUUUGUUCUUACAUAAUUACAACACAAGAUUUGAAAAGGCUCCCCGACGGAUUUCAUAAUUGUUUUAUUAUCAUAUAAGGUGGAUUGGACUUGCGACAGGUGGAAAUAUGCACCUCUUCAGACGCAAACAACACGUUUCAUCUGCCGACAAUGAGAUGUAAAGAAUAUUAUACAUAAAAAUAUUUUAAGACAAAUUUCGACAGAUAAGAUUAAUUUCCUUCAAAAAGGCCACCCGUCUUUUUUAAGAAUUUUCUUCAGCUGCCUUAUUAAAACAAGGUUCCGCGGGAAUUUCCUCUUCGGACUCAAAUACGCUUCAUCUGCCGAUAUUGAUAUGGAAAAAUUACACAUGAUGUAUGAGUUUUAAGGCAGAUAAAAACACCAGUACCGCUCAGUUUUUCAGUUAAAUUUUAUUCUGAUCAGCUGCCUUAUGAAAACGUGAGGAAUAUAUCAGAUUAUAUUUCCCAAAAGAAAAUGAAAGAAAUCUUGAUUGAAAACUUGAUAAGAAAAUCAAAGUUCUUGUAAAACUAAUGCAAGUUUCAUGGCAUUUUAUAAAGCGGAUUGUGACAGUAUUAGAAUAAAAUACAUGUAUGUUCUAAUGAGUUUGUUUAAAGGCGACAUGCUGUAUGACGCAUCCGAUUCAUCACAUUAAUUUUUGUCUCCAUAGGGGUUAAGGUAUUUCAAUUAAUAUUGCCUUUUAUACGACACUGUACUUGCCGCAGAAUCGUUUUGUUAAUGCAAAGUAUGUGGGAUUUUGGUACCAAAUAAUAAAUCACACAAAGUCUAUUUUAUACAAAUUGUGCAUCAAGUUUGGCUUUUUGCAAUCCAAGUUUCAUUUGUAAUAUACUAUAAACUUAUCAGUGCACCGUAAAUAACACUGCAAAGGUAGAUAGGCUUGUUGGUGUAUGUAGCUUAAAGUGCUUUUGAAACGAAAAUUUUGCCUCAUUUUUUAUUGUUUUAUUAAAAGGUACUGCUGGAAUGAUGAAGAAUGACGUUUACAGUUUAUUCGUAUCUCAUCUCAUUCCCAAGUUAUCGCACUUUCUACAUUUUGAGUUGUAACGUCACAAGUAUGACUUGAGAUAAUGGCAAUAACAAGAAAGUCUGAUAUCGUGGUGACCGUUUAAUAAAAUUCAAUGAAACUUGGCACAGUUAGUGUGUGCAAAGAAGUCAAUAAUUUGGCUUGUUUAUAUGGUUGUUAUGCAACACACUCGUCCCCAGUCCCUUCUCUUCCAAUUUGUAAAUGAUCCAUUUCCAAGGAAAUAAAUAGCAAUUUCUGCAAUUUUCGCUUGUUACUAUAAUACGUGUAGGUAUUAUGAUCAGUUUAAACCGUUAUAACAUGCAAACAUCCUCUGCAAGAGGUCAACAGGAGAAAAUUUGUGAAAAGGAAGAGAAGAGACUGGGGACUAGUGUGUUGCCAUGACAAUCACAUGACCUGCCGAAAAUAUUCAUAUGAGUGACCCACUAAGUGUACCAAGUUGCAUUGAAUUUUAUUAAAUACUCUCCAAAAUAUCAGACUUUCUUGUUAUUGCCAUUAUCUCAAGUCAAACUAGUGACGUCACAACUCGAAAUUUAGAAAGUGCGAUAACUUGAGAAUGAGAUGAGAUAUGAAGAAACUGUAAACGUCAUUCUUCAUCGCUCUAGCAGUACUUUUUAGCAAAACAAUAAAAAAUGAGGUGAAAAUUUCGUUUCAUAAGCACUUUAAUUAAAGCAUUAUAUACUGAAAAAUUAAAGAGGCCGAAAUCUGAAUUGAAAAUAAUCUCGGCUUUUUCGCGUUAUAUGCCUUGAUCCCUUGUUCCAAUCCCUAGAAACCCCUGGCAGACCUGUGAUAACCAAAACUCUUUCAAGCUGAAGUGUCUACGUGUAGGUAGGCACUUCGAAAACUGCACAAUAGAAAAGUUCGGAUUUGACUUCCACUACCGGCCGCUUCCAUCAAGCGCUUCCAUCAUUUGCACUUUUAUUGUCUAAUUUCACAAUCAAACGACACUAUCUAUCUUUUUUUUCCUUCGGUCAAUUUUUCUGAAUUGUUUUAAAGAUUUAUCGUUGAUAGAGGAAUAACAUAUUAAAAUUUGAAGGGAGGUUUACAAGGCAAGAUUCGAGAUAUUCAUGCAUAAAUAAUUAACGACUACAGAAAAUCUGUCAUGCAGAAUUUCUUUAAAUUUUGAUCUGUUCUAUUAAUCGUCAUGCUUAGCAAAUGUGCAAAGAUUAAAAAUAUCAGUGAAGGAAACGCUAGAAAAAUUGUCUGGUGUCUUUUGGGAAAAGGCUAAUUGUCGCUUCCAUUUUGAGUUUUUGACAACCUUCGGAAUACUUGACACCAAGUUCGCAAGGCAAAUUUCAGUAAGGUUGACGCAUGCGCAAACAUUUUUCCGCGGUGUUGACAAAAUAUCGAUUCGGCAUGAACAUGUGCGAACAAUAACGCGUGAACAACACGAAACGCGUGUGGUUUAUAGUUGGCUUUUUUUUAGUAAUUUUCACUUUGAGUUUUGGGCUUACAUAUUUUUACUUAUUUGAGAUGAAACUAAAAGAUAUACUCAAAAUACGAAAAAUUGAGAACACAAAUCACAAUAACGCAUUGAAUUAAUCCAACGCGUUUUUAAAAUUUAAUUUAAUUGUGAUAAUCGGUGUGAACAUUCAACUAGAACUAUGUGCACACGGUAUAUAACGUUUCCGAGCGUUUCUAAAAUGUCGUUUCCAAUUUUGCCAGUUUGACGUCCACACGGAAACGUUUUCACUACAUGCAAAUGUUUGUCUUGACAAAAAUUCCAUCUCUCGCGGCUUCUUAUCACCGUUUAUUUUCCACCUGAUGGAGUCAUUACUUGUCAACGAGUUUCUUAAAAUGUCCUCUGUUCAUUAUAAUAAAGUAAACAGUUUAUAAUCUAUGUUCAGCCUCACCGAUACGAAGUCUGUCGCUCGUUCCAAAGCAAAACACAUUUUAAAUCGUUCAGUAAAUCAUUAUAAACUUGAAAGGCUAUAUAUUUUUUUUUUAACUUAGCUUAAGUUAACUAAGUUAACUUUUCUUUGCAUAGCCUUCUGUGUAAUAUAUUGGUAAGAAGGACUAUUAGUACGAUUGAUAAAGCUAUAUUAAUAUAUAAAUAUUAAUACUGAUAACUUUAAAAAUGUUAUACUAUUUUAUUUUUGGCAAGCAUCACUUCCGGUGAAAUGGCGAACUGUGAUUGGCUGAGAAGUACUUUCAGCUGUCCAUUAUUUUCCCGUAAUGAAUUAACCGGCGGUCCAUUACGUAAAAACAAACACAUAAAACAAAACAGCAAAACUAAGUGAAAAGUUGAAAAUUAUAAUUUAAUUUGUUAUAAAUAUGUUUAAAUAAUAAUAAAUAUGUUUAAAUAAUAAUAAAAAAUAAUCUGCGAAUGGUUUUCAGUGGAAAAGAAGGAAUACAUUGCCAUUGGUAUUUUUAUGUUUUCUUCAACAAAAUGUGUACCACGAACGCUACUAAUAUAUGCAUUUCAAAUCAUGCAUUCUCUGUACAGACCUCGCGUUCGGUUAAUAAGAAGUUAGUAGGCCUACUGCACUUAAAAUAAAAACAUAGUUACAUAAACCUUUUCCUGAAUGAUUAAUAUUAAUUAUCGCUUCCCUGUAUAUAUUAAACCACCAUCGGCAAACUGUUUGUCAGGUUGAGCUCGGUUUUCUGUGCUGCCGAAUACGACAAAAAAAUGGUUUCUAGUAUAGGCCCCUUGGUAGGCUACUAUAGUAGCCUAUUCCUCUCUAUUAUUAUCUUUUAUAGGGUCUUAAUUUAUAUGUAUAAUCAAAUGUAUAAUUGAAUGCAUGGGCGAAAAUUGUUUAAAAAAAGUUGCUUCCUGCCCCAAGCCCGAAUAUUGCGUAAAAAUUAAAUAGUUAUAUUUAUAACAUAUAACGCGGUGGCAAUAUAUGUUAUAACUCUCGACGUAAAAUUGAAACGCACAAAUUAAAAUUGAACCGCACAAAUUAAUGUUCAAGGAUUUAUAAAUUAAUAUUUAUAUUGAACUGAAUAACAUAAAAAUCAAACGACACGAGAUUAAAAUGAAACGUAGUCGUAUAUAGAUAUUGUUAAUCAAGGCAGCGUUUACACUGUACCGUUUUCGUAGCGUUCUCGUAUUGUUCGAGAGAACUAGACUAUUUCCCUUGAGGAUUAAGAACAAUACGAGAACGCUACGAAAACGGUACAGUGUAAACGCUGCCCAAAACUCACAGGCAAUAAAAUCAUAGUUAAUAGAGGAGAGGGUUUGGAAGCUGGGGGCGUGGCCAAAUUAUGUUAUUGUUCUCUGUCACGUGACAAUACGGGUGCAUCAAAAUCUAUUUAGUAUUAGGAGAAUGUAUUACAGAGGAGGCUGUUGUACUUGAAAAACGUCUUUUAUAGAAUGGAUAUCCAAACACCAGGAGCAAAUUGCUUCAUAUAUGGUUGCAGGACAAGUAGAAAACACUUUGGUGUUAGUAUUUUUUGAAUUCCAACAAAAGAUGACGAUUUAUCGACGAAAAUUCGGGAAGCGUUGGCGAGGCUUGUCACAAAGGACGCUGGAUCGCGAGAUAGAUGCAAGUUUACGAAAUCAAAUCGCUCAACAAACACUUCACGUUUGUGAAAGACACUUUGGAAAGACCCGGCCGAAACAUGUAAGUUAUUUUCUUAUGACUAACUAACAGGUUUCUCUGGUAGAGGUAUUGAUAUUUCGGUAUGAACGCUUGAAAGUUACAGCUUAGCAGAAGCUUGCCGUAUGUAUUUCAUGUAUCAAAUGAUCAAAUUUGUAGCCAUAUGGAGCAGGAAAUAUAUAUUUAUUAAUGAUUUGCAUAAAAGUGCGUUUCGGUCAUAUUUAUAUAUUAACAGUUAAUCCUUGUGUUCAUAAAAUGAAGGUAUACAUAAAUUCAGAACACUGUCACUGAGGACAGUAGAAACAUUUUCGUAUACAGUAUUAAAACAAAGUAUUAUACAAUAUUCAAAGGCUAUUUUAAUAGCAAAAAGUGGCAAAAUAAAGUAACAGGAUUUUGUUUGGGCAUGUCAUAGUAUAAGAAAGCCCCAUUUACAGUUAUUAUCUAUCUUGUUUGCUGUGAAUUUUAGUCAUUAUAAUUACUAUCUUAACAAUACUUGUAUAAAUUCAACUUAUAUAUAAUCAGGUAUUUUAUGUUCUGCUUUAGUUCCCACCUGCAAAAGGCGUGUAGCUGGUGCCAUUCCUACCUUUAAUUUACCCCAGAAAAGCAUACCUCUCUACAUCGACAAUUGGAGCCAGGUAACGUCGCUGGUCGUCACACUGGUCAGAGGAGUAAAUGGUAUGGUGGAUUAGAAGAGGCCUUGCCGUAACGUAAACAGAAGAAGUAAUCUGUAGUGAGAAAUUUUGUGGGGUUUUUGUACCCAGAGCUGUCAUUAAGGACCUGUAGCUGGCCAAAAUUACUGCCCACUUGGCUAUCUGGCUGCCUACUUUUGUCUCAACAAAGUUCAUACGAAACAAAACUGUGAAUCAGUAAACAAACCUUUUACUUCCUGUACUUCAGAACAUCAAAAUAAAUUAAAACAAAAGAUUAAAUGAUUUCAAACAGGUCAGGCUUUGAUAGGAUGUUUUGUAAUCUGAAGAACUCUGUAAAACACCUUCCAAAAUGCAGGGAAUAGCAUUUCCGAUUGUUUAGAUUUUGGGUUGGGGGCAUGCACCCAGACCCCUCUAGGAGUCUUGUGCCUUCAAUGUUCAAUCAUUUUUCGGCCACCUACUUGUAAACUUAAUGACAGCACUGCUUCAAAAGAGUAAUAUGCAAUAAUUUGUACAUAUGUUAUAAAAUAAUUAUUAAAACAGAUUAUAAAUGAAUAGGUGAACAAUAAGACUAGAACAAUAUAUUACAUUAGUUGAAUAAUUUGUAAAAAUUUAUACUAAUAUAUACAGUAAAUCACUAUUACACAAAAUUUUGGUAGGCUCAACUUUGAGUUAUCAUGGUUUGAGAGACAACAACGGCUAGAAUCAGAGCACACUGACGUAGUGAAUAAGUACACUAUUCACAUCUGAAAUUGGCUGUCAACCAGGGGCAUAGGAACCAUGGGGCCAAGGCCCCCCAAGUUUUCAGAAGAUGCAAAAGUGCCCUUUGAGUGUGGGACAGUGAAAUGACCAGCCUGCUUGGCGUGCACUCUUUGCCUAAGAAUCAGGCCUUUCAGAACCAGAAAUCGGGCUGGAGCAUGACAAAUGGCAAAAUUUGAAACUUAACAGCCAUACAGUUUAACAAUGUUCUCAAAACACAAGGACAUACUGGCAUUCUUUUGAUACUGCUAUGCUAUUAGAUUGCUCGAUAAUGUCAUUCCACAAACUUUUUGCUAAUGGAGGAGCUUGGACAUUCUUAAUAACUUUAUCAACGUGUAAAGAAGUAGGUUUGCCUUAAUUCUUGUGUGCUUUCUAAAGCUCGAUUCAGCAAUUCUAGCAAUAUCAUUAAGUCAUGAAUUUGGUACCCACAGGGCUGACGGCCCCUCCCCAGCAACAUAAGCUGGGUGGUCCAAACUCUUCUGAUUUCACUGAUAAUUACUAGCAGAAUACAAACAUUAAAAAAUAUUUCUGGGUAUAUAAUCCUUUGCACAUAGGUAAAAUCUUCUGGCAUCCAACAGUUGGUCUACAAAGCAUUUGGAGAGGAAUAAGAACUAAGUUUAAUACCCUUAGCCCUUAGGUCAAUAUUGUACUAUACAGAGGAAAUAUCAAAAUUUGAUAUUUCCUCUGUAUGAUAUUUCCUUUGAUAUCUCCUUUAUCUAAUAUAUUAUAAGACUUGGUCUUGGAAACUGUGGGAUGGGCAUGAAAUAUCAUGGAAUCUUGGAAUAACAUUCUAUUUUGAUGUGACAGAAUGAUCAAAAGUAACAAAUCACACGUUAGUAGACAUUGAAUCACUGUAUAUUGGUCAAUAUCUGGACUUGUAAUUGACAAUUGGACAUAAGCCUUAGGGCCUACUAUUUAAGACAUUCAUAUCUAGGUUACAGUAUAUUGUCUAUAUAUACAGUAUUAAGAUAUUUACUGGUAUUAAAGCAUGCAGUUUCUUCAGUGUUUAUAAUAACUUUAGAAUAUCUGCUGGUAAUAGCAAAGUCAACCGUUCGGACAUAUUCACCAGCAUCAAAAGCACGACUUUAUCUUCUCUGCAUGGAUGAAAAUAUUCUUUCCUUUUCCUUACCUCUCGAAUGAUCGACAAUGCCUUCUCAUAUGCGUGAUAAGUCAUAUAACAUGGGUUUUGAUUUUCCCUUUGGCAGUACUAGCUGUAGAAUUUGUCGAGUGCUUAAUACUGCGUCGAUAUUCGCACGGGAAUUGCUUUAAUCCUUCAAUCUAAACGACAAAUAUAAGUCAAAUAUUAAGUCUAAGGCAUCUCACUACAUAUUGUUUAAUUGGACACAGUAUAAAGGACUUACUUCUUCAACUGAACGCGAUAUUUCUUCAGUUAAUUCAUCCGCGUUGAUUUGCAGCAGCUAAAUAGUUUGAUGAAAAUCGCCUCUGUCGUUGUAUCUGCAUCUCCAGCACCCAGAAUUGCGUGAAUUUUGCUUUCUGAAUCGUAUGCCAAACUUGUCGAAGCCAUAACAAGAACAACAAUGCCUUAUUUUAAAAUUUAUAAGCACAAUAUCAUAUUUCUGUAAUACUACGCUAUAGUAAUUUCUGAAUUUGAUGCACCCGAAAUGUCACGUGACGUACCUUUCCAACAUCUGAAAUGAAUUAGCUCGAAAGCCUUUGAAGUUUGCCGGCCUUCCAAAAUCCAAACCCUGUCCUCUAUUACUGUCGUUCCAAUUGAAGUGUUCCUCAAAUAUUGAUUCAAUACAUUACCUCGGGCUGACCAAUUCAUCUGAUCAAAUUCCUCGAAAUAUUGAUACACUUCCUAGUAUAAUUGUAAACUUCCUGUUGAAUAGUUUGAAUGCACCAAUCACCUUUGUUGUUUGUGCAACUAACCAAUCAUAAAUAGAAAGAAAGUGACCAGAAAUGAUCAAAUUCUUGGAAUUGGCUCUUUCACAGGAAGUGUAUGAAUAUCUCGAGGAACUUGAUGAAAUGAAUUGGGUAGCCUGAGGUAAUGUAGCCCGCGUGCAGGCCCAAGGGAGCAGGCUCAAGGGAACUUGAUAGUGGGCCUGCAAGCAAGGCCCGGUAUUUUGUACUUUCCGCGUUCGCCCACGAACGCGGCAUUCUGAUUGGCUGUUUGCUGUAGAUUCUAUAAUUAGAUAAGUGAUUCAUCACAAAGGCCCUCGAUAAGCUUAAAAUUCGAAAAUUGAUCACUUUUUUCGAUUAUAAAUGGAACAAGAACAGACUGUUUAUUGUUUACUUGAAGGAAGAGAUGUUUUUGCCGUUAUGCCAAUGGGGAUUGCUUGUCGUGAGUUGUUGGAAUAGCAACAUUACGACUGGGGUAAACUAUAGUAACCUUUACUUGAGUUUCAUUAAUUUCAAACAGACUUGAUACGUUAUAUGUUCCUCAAGAAAAUUAUCUUUUGGUUGAUGUUGAGAUGCAGUUGCAUGUAAGGACUGUAAGCCUAUUCGAAACACUUUGCGACUUACAAGGCUUCGCUGAGAGAACGAAACAGAAGACGGUAUAUUUAAAUUGCCGUUUGAAACGAAACGAUCUGGACUCUGAACGCUCUCUUCUUUUGUAGAGUUCUUUACCAAAUGAAAUAACUGAAAUAAAUUUCGUACUUUCCGCCGCCAACAAGAAUUGCACACACGAUCUGAUAAGUGAGACAAUUUAUUUAUAACAAUGCCAACGGCGACAGCGAAACAACAUUAUAAAUGCUAAUGUGGUCGCACGACUUCCCUCACGAUUUGAAGUUUGAGACUGGUUUUCUGUUGAAAUUCGUCCUAAUUUGCCUGUUCCGAUUUUAGUUGAAAAUGAGCACUUGCAAAUUUGGCAAUUACUGACUGCGUUGCUUGCUUUUUUGGAGUUAAAACGCAGCCAUUUACAUAUUGUUUAUGUUCUGAAUAUGCAGAGAAAACCCCGCAACAUUUUAAUGCGAGUUUGUUUGUUAAUAUUUGGCUGCUGUCAUUGGUUCUUUUUUGACAAUUGACGCGCGAUGGGGGCGUGUUAUGAAAAGGGGCGUUUUACAAAAUACCGGGCCUUGCUUGCAGGCCCACUAUCAGUUCCCUUGGGCCUGCACGCGGGCUAGAGGUAACGUAUUGAAUCAAUAUUUGAGGAACACUUCAAUUGGAACGACAGUAACUAUGUCUGGAUGUAGGGAAUUGCGAACCUGCAACCUGCAAAAUUAACCAGCCGUUUUUAUAUCGUGUGAGUACUUCACAGCUUGUUUUUACACAACAACAGUUGGAUUUUCGUAUAAUUUUCUCAAAUUACAUAAAUAUACUAUGGAAACGAUGUGCAAAUUCGUAAACUAGAUGAAUUGAACAGUAAUCAAAGAAUAACAAGCGAUGUAAUGUUACACAAGAGUUUGGAACGAUUUGACUGUCACAGAAGCAUGGUAGGUAUGCGUUUAUUUUUCCUGAUUUUUUCAUACUUUACUGCCUUCGAUCACAAUAAAUUAUACUAUACAACAUUCCUUUGAUAUUCUAGUUUUAAAAAAAGUGCAUCUUGAAGAGAAUUGGCGUGGUUAGUCCGAUGUAAAUAUGGCUUAAUUUUACAAGCGAGUCAAAAUUUGAAUUUCCACCAAAUGCAGUCAUUACAAUCCAGUAUUUUGGUCGUAUCUUUCAAAUUAAGUGUUCAUAUUGUACUGUAUAACAUGUAUACUGUUUACAUUAGAUCUAUUUAGUGCAAAUAAUCGCGCCAUUUCCAAAAUAUAAACACUAAAUUGAUUUAAAAAGUUAAUUUUGUUUCUGUCUAUAAAUUAAGUAUAAAAUGAACACAUAAGUUAUUUUAGUUUAUUGCCAAACUAAUGUCCACCACUUGUUAAUUACCCUAGAACUGUUUCCGAUCAAUCUAAAGUCGUGUUUACACUACCAGCCUUGGCCUGGCCUACAUUUUGACAGUGUAAACAGACUUUGGCCUAGCCUUGGCCUGACUUAGGCCAGGAAAUCUGGGCCCACUACAACCGGUGGCCUAGGCCUAGGCUGGUGGAAAUGUAAACACUUUCGGCCCUGGCUUGGGCCAUUGUGUUAACAUACUAUAAUCUAUAUCACAAAUUUACAGUGUCAGAUGCGCACAGACCGUCAUUGGCGUCAUACGAAUAGACAUAAAUUUUCGAGUUUUCUACUUCUACUAACAUUUUUAAAGUUUUCGUUGUGAAUCACCUGUUUAUCUCUAAUUCAUUAAUCAUUUGCUACUUAUAUUUAUUUGAUACUGUCAUAUAGUGCGUUUACACACAAGCAAUCCUGGAUAUGAUAUAGACGAUGCAAGCUGUCCAUUAAAAAAUAACAGUAUUCUAUUUCAGAAAGCAAAAAUUUAAAUCUCACUUGUAUUAUUAAGAAUGUAUAUAAAGCAAAAAAUUAAAGCUUAUUCAUGUCAAAACGAAAGCUGUUUACAAAAUUUAUAAAUGUGGUGAACACUACUCGAUUCUUCCAAAACAUAUAGAUGAGCUAAGAAUUUUCAUGCAUAAGGUAAGCUUCGAUUUACUAAGUAUUAAUGACACAAGAUUUGACGACUCUAUACACAAUGACGAAGUUAAGAUCCCGGGCUUUGAAAUAGUAAGAAAAGAUAGAAAUCGAAACGGGGGAGGUGUUGCAAUUUACUUACGAAAUAUAAUUCCUCACACCGUGCGAGAUGAUUUAAUACCAACUGACACAGACAUAGAAGCAAUUUUCCUUAAUUUGAAAUCUAUAAACCAAAAGAUAAACUUAUGCUAGUGUCGACUUGGUAUUGCCCGCAAAACUCAAGCAUAGAACUAUUUGACAAAUUUGAAAACUUCUUACAAAAAGCAGAUGAUGAAAACAUGGAACUUAUUAUAACAGGCGACCUAAACUGCAACCUUUUAGCCACUGAGAAAAAUACUCACAUUAAGAAACUUAAUGACCUAAUGGAUGUUUAUCAAUUACAACAGCAUAUACAGUGUCCGACAAGGGUUUCCAUUACCACCAAAACUUUGUUGGACUUAAUUCUAACAAAAAUAGACGAUACCAAGACCGUAAAUGCUGGGGUGAUACACUUGGGAACAAGUGAUCAUAGCUUAGUUUUUAUAUGCAGAAAAAUUAGCAUCCCAAAAGCGAAGCCAAAAAUUGUCGAAACAAGACAAUUUAAACAUUUCAAUGCGGCUCAAUUUCAACAUGAUUUAAGUAAUGCGUUUAGUUCAUUUCCAAGCUAUACAGACCCAGUGGCGUAGCUGGCUAAAAAAAGCGUCCCAGGGGUUCGGGGGCAUGCCCCCCCCCCCCCCUUGAAAUCUAGAACCUCGGGAAUGGCAUUUCCUGCGAUUUCGAGGGUGGAAGGAUGUUACUAAACAAAGUUUCAAUACACCUCUAACAGGAGUAUUUUCCCUUCGUGAAAUACAAAAAAUGCCAUUUGGCUCAGAGAAGAUCUGUGUGAGCUCAGAGAAGUGCUGUGUCAGGCAAAAUAUAAUAGAGAAAGAAUAUAAUUUCACAUGAAAUUACAAAUUACAAGUGAAAUUUCACAUAUGUGAAAAGAUUUUACAUGAAAUUACAAGUGAAAUUUCACAUGUGAAUAGAUAAGGAUUUCACAUGACAUUACAAAUUACAAAGUGAAAUUUCACAUGUAAGUGAAAGGAUUUCACAUGAAAUUACGACUAAAAUUUCACAUGUGAAAGGAUUUCACAUGAAAUUACAAAUUACAUGUACAAGUGAAAUUUCACAUAUGUCAAAAGAUUUCAUACAUGAAAGUACAAGAGAAAUUUCACAUGUGAAAAGAUAAGGAUUUAAUUCACAUGACAUUACAAAUUACAAAGUGAAAUUUCACAUGUACGUGAAAGGAUUUCACAUGAAAUUACGACUGAAAUUUCACAUGUGAAAGGUUUCGCAAGAAAUUACAAAUUACAAUGAAAUUUCACAUGUGAAAGGAUUUCACAUGAAAUUACAAGCAGUGGCGGCGCCAGGCCUCAGAAAUCGGGGGGUUUGAAGGGCAAACUCAUAUAUUUUUUUCUGGGGGGGGCAAGAUAGAAUUGUUAAAUAGGUAGUGAUAUUUGCCCAUGCCGUUGUCAUAGGACUUCCCCCCUCAAGGAGAUUCGCCCCCCCCCCACCAUAGGAAUAUCGCCCCUCUUUAGGACAUUCGCCCCCCAUAUAUGCGAUGUGGUUUAUUCAAAUUUCGUGAUACGUUCAUCUUAUUAGUGCCUUACACGUUUGAGAAUUUAACUCUGCAAAACUAAAACUUUUUUGUCUUCCUCUUCCUCUUUCGACUCCAGUACCUCGUAUAACGAUAAAAGCACCACAUAUAUAAUGCUAAAAGCACCGAAUGAAAUGAAAUUCCGCUAUGGCUUUCCAUAAGGUUCGUCACGCUCGUUGAAGCCAUUGUAUACAAAUCACAAAAGCAAUAUCAAAUAUGAUGAAUAGUAAUAUGAUAAUGACCUACAACCGUCACAGUCGUGAAUACUCGCGCAGAAAGCUUCGUGAGAAAGUUUGAAUAUUAACAACCUCCGCCUUCAUAAAAUAGCGGGACUUCGGCAAUAAAAACAACCGUUCUGGGCAUGCGCCGCGCCAAUUAUCCAACCAGAAACCAGAAUUUCUUGUAUAAGAUAAUAUUGCAUAUCCCGCCACAUGAAAGUCAGCGGAACACGAGACAUGCGAUUCACGAAAUGCGCGAGUAAGCAAUAAAUUGCGUGGAAAUUAGCUAAUUCUGCAGGGUAUCACUUGCUAGACAACAAAGAGGUCAAAGAGCAGACAGCAAUAUUGCGUAAACUUUAAAUAAAUGACAAAUGAAAGCACUGAAAAAUGAUCAUAAUUAAUAUUUAAAUUUUCAGAAUAAGCAAAGCUGUGAUUUUGGCUUCACUAUAAAACAUUUCAUCAUUUUUUGGGGAAUUAUUAGUCCCGCCCUGCGAGACAGCGGGACCGCUAGCUACGCCACUGUACAGAACCAAACAUAUUUUCCUUGAAAUUGCUGAUCUUCAUGCACUAGUCAGACGACGAAAAGUUAAAAGCGAAUACAAACCAUGGCUAACUAAUGAAAUCAAAACUAUGAGUUACCAUAGAGAUUAUCUAAAGAAAAAAGCAAUUAGUCUUAAAUCUGCAACAUUUCAUGAAUCGUAUAAACGUUGCAGAAAUCAGGUAAAUCGCUUAAUUAUAAGGAAGCAAAAGCUAACUGCUAUAAAUCAAAAUUAGACAAUAGUAAUAAUACCAAGGAUUGCUGGAAAGUUAUUAACGAACUUUUGAAUAAGCAAUCCAAAUGCAUGCAAAUUAAUGAGGUAAAAGUAAACGGCAGUAAAGUAACGGGUGACACAAACAUAGCAAACGAAUUCAAUAACUUUUUUCUACAAUAGGACCAAGGUUAGCGAAUGAUAUUACACCAACUGAUUUUGAUCCCCUUAGCUGUGUAACACCUGCAUCCUAGGUCCUUGAAUUCAAGAACAUAACCUAUUUAGAACUAGAGAGAGUAUUAACGGAAGCCAAAGCCUGUAAAGCAUCUGGUCUUGACAAAAUUUCGAACGAACUCUUAAUGAGCCGCAGGAAACACAAGUCACUUGCCUAUAUAUUUAAUCUAUCGUUUAGUACCGGAAUUUUCCCAGACGAAACGAAAUUUAUUUUAUUUACAAAACAGGUGAGAAAUCUGACUGUAGUAACUACAGACCUAUAUCUGUGAUAUCGGCCGUGGCAAAAGCAUUCGAAAAGAUUGUUUUCAAUCAACUAAACAACUUUCUUAAUCAGAAUACGAUUAUCUCAACACAUCAGUCGAGGUAUUCGUAGUCGACAUUCAACAGAAACUACACUUCUUGAUACUACAAACCAAUUACUCGUAAACAUGGACAAGGGUUUGAUUAGCGGCAUAUUAUUCUUAGAUCUUAAAAAGGCUUUUUGACACAGUCGACCAUGAGAUACUUCUCUUUAAAUUAGAACGAUAUGGAAUAAGAGGAAGAGCCUUACAAUGGUUCAGAUCAAGGAAACAAAUGUGCAAAAUUAAUGACUCGAUUUCAAAUCGGUUAAAAAGAUCAGGUGUGGAGUUCCCCAGGGAUCAAACCUUGGUCCUCUGCUAUUUCUUAUUUACAUAAACGAUCUGCCUAAUUGUUUAGAAACAACUCGAGCGUCUAUGUUCGCGGACGAUACCAACAUAUCAUGCUGUAGCAAUUCACCCAAUGACAAUGAACACAAACUAAAUACCGACCUCGAAAACGUACAUAAAUGGUUAUUAGCCAACAAAUUGACGUUGAAUACAGAAAAAACCCAGAAUUUAUGAUAGUCUGAUCUCUGCAAAAAAUAAAUGAUAUGCCCAAUGUUCCACAUAUAGUCAUUGGAGAUCCGAUAAUAAAUCAAGUAACGAGCAAAAAGGUUUUAGGGGUCAUAAUUAAUGGCCAAUUAAAGUGGCACGAUCAUAAUGACACACAGUGUAAAAAAAUCUCAAAGGGUAUAGCCCUCUUGAGAAGAGCAAAGCCUUUUGCAACACUAGAUACAUUCCUAACAAUGUAUAAGUCGCUUCUUUUACCACAUUUCACAUACUGUUCCACUGUAUGGCAUGAUGGAAACAACUCACACAUCACAAAGCUACAAAAAUUUCAAAAAUGAGCGGCGCGGGUGAUAAUAAAUUCAAGUUAUGACAUUAGAUCACACGAGAUAUUUGAUAACCUAAAAUGGGAGCCAAUUGAAGCUACUUUUACUAAAAGGGAACAAAUAAUGACCUUUAAGGCACUAAGAGGCAUUGUACCAACAUAUUUGACUGAACUAUUCACCACUAACAACAAUACCACAUACAGUCUAAGAAGCAAUAAUCGAAAGCUUUACCUUGACAAACCAAAAACAAAUUUCUUAAAACGUAGUUUUUCAUAUCGAGGAGCAAUGUCCUGGAAUAGCCUACCACUUGAAAUCGUCGACAAAUACGGCGAUUUAUCAAUUGAUUCAUUUAAAAGACUUAUCAAUCAUAAGGAUUAAUAAAUUUGUGAAUUUAUUAUGUAAAUAGUAUUUAUUAGGUAAUUUGAUUAUGUAUUGCAUUUUAGUUGUUGCACGGCUCUUUGAAAACCAGGGAACUGAAAGAUCACCGUGCUUGUAAAUAAGUUUAAAUAAUAAUAAUAAUAAUAAUAAUAAUACUAAUAAACACUACUAAACAGUACUCAUUGAAAGACAUGUAUAAUAUAGUGAGUCGACAUAAAAUUUGUAGUUUGACUUAUCUUUGGUGUAUGAUUUUAAUACCGUAGAUUUUCAACGGACAGUUAUACUCUGACAUAUACCAUGAUCGUUGGUUUCAGCAAUGCCAAGGGCCAAUUUUAUAGUCUUUUGACGGGCUUUAAGUUUUUUUGAUAAGGCCUUUCCUUUAUAUAAAUCAACAAUCUGGAUAUUUCGAAAAUCAAAAGAUCUCGUCACUCUUUCGUUGCAAUUCCACAUCUCAUCAAUAAAUAAAUUAUUUUGGUCCGAGUAUCAGGAUAGACUUGAAGUACUAAAUAAAUAACAACCACAUUGUUUGGUCUCGAGAUAUAUUUUUUCCUUUUAGGUUUAAUAUUGCCACGCUACACAAGCGGCAAGCACGCUUUCUUUGGCAAGUCUAUAAGUUGAAUAUUGAAAUCUGAUCCAACUUGCUUGAAUUGUAACUCGACACCAGAUUAUAGAGUAGAAAGUCCCGAAAUAAAUAUUAACGUUCUCUUCACGAUCUCUCUUCACGAUUUCUUGUUGCAAAUUUACAGUGAAUUUCAUCAACCAAAGUUGCAAUUUUAAAACGCUACAAACAUGCACGCUCAUAUCCCAUCCUACCCAUAAUAUAAUUUUAAUUUACCUCCCGGAAUCUUGGAGGCACGUCUCUCCCAAAGGACAGAAGGAGAGACCCUGGGAACGAGAUUGCACCUACAGUAUCAGAAGCCGCACGUGGUAAGAUCUACACGAAUCUGAAUUGGGUUAAUUUUUUCAGGAACGUUCGUGCUUGGGAGUGAUAUUUUAAUGGGAGUGAUCUUCAAUUACAGCGGUACACAAGGCACAAACAUUCAUUAUUAAAUGUUGUAUCAACUUUGAUUGAAACAAACCGGUUUUACUCUACAUAACUAGUAUGAAACUAACCCCAUGAACUGGGUAGGAAAAAUUCCUCCUAGCUCUGCAAACGUCAGAUAAAAAGAUUAGGGUUGGUGAUUUCAGUAGCCAACAGCUAGGCACGGUCGGGAAACCAAACAUGAAUGAAAACCCAUUGCGAAUAUACAGUAAUAUCUAUGAUCACAAGAAAAAGUUGCUAUAGGAUCACUAAUUAAAUUCUGUGUCUGAAUGUUUAUUAUUUCUCUGCAUGUAUUAUUACGAAUUUUCUUAUUCUUUAGAUUAAUGACCAGCGAGCUUAUGUCAACCCUAAACAUGGAUGAGCAUGGCAUUAAAACAGAUAGGAAAGGUGGUGAAAAACAAGAGAAACACAAGGCAAGAACAAAUCGGUAGCAUUUAUGAACUAUAUUUAUGUUAAAUAUUUUUGUGUGUAUCAAUGUAUAUGUUAAUUGAUUAAAUAUUUUGAAAAAAUGUCCGGCGAGUGUUCUUUUGCUAGGAAAAGCCGAAGCCAAGACGCGUUGGGUUUGAGUCGAAUUGACUUCGAAACAUGCAUGUCGAUUUUUACCUGCUCUUAAACAUCGAUACGACGUCGAAAAUGCAACAUGGAAACGAAAUGGAUUUCCAGACGUUGAAACGAAGUCUAUUCGUAGACGUUGAAACGACGUCAUUUCAUAGACGUUGAAACGACGUCGAUUUCUAGACGUUGAAACGACGUCGAUUUCCAGACGUUGAAACGACGUCGAUUCCGUUUGCGUUUUCAACCCUUUUUCGACGUCGAUUCGACGUCAUCCUCUGACGUCGUUUCGACGUUGUUUCGACGCCGUUUUGCCGGCUGGGUUUCUUCUUUUUUCUUGUCGAUCUUGUGACUUAUAUGCAUAUAUAUGUCUACUGUAACCAUGUGGUUGCAGGUUAUGUACGUUUCGCGAAUUUAACUAGAAAAUACAUGCAUGCAGAAACCCUCGCCUUACUGACAAAACCAUUAUGUUUUCUGAACAUAAAGUAUUGAAAGUAGUUGUCAUGGUAACACGAUAGUUUUAAGAAUAGUUUUGAAUUAAAAAUUCCCUCCAAAAUAUCACUUUUCAUUACAAAAUGAUCAAUUUCCCAAACAUAUAUAUGGUAGGUAUGCUAUUAUACGUAAUAUACGCUUCAAUUUAAUGUAAAAUUCAACCACAAACGCUUCGCAAAACGUUUUAAAAUGUUCUUAAAACUAAACUGCCUUUUAUCGAAUUAUCGGUAAAUAUUGAGUUUGAAAUAAACUGCUAUAAAACAAACAAUACAUCAAUAUUCAAAACAAACUUACCUUCAUUUAUAUCGGGGACUUUGCUCUAUUCGUUUAGACGAUUUUAGGCUCUCAGAAAAGUUUUGAAAUUGACAAAAUCAUCCAAAAAUACAACUUGCAAGAAAUGUUUGUUAUUUCCCUGUCGUCAUGCAGUCGUUAUAAUGCAAAUUUCAAAUUUGACCAAACAGUGUUCACUAUUCAGGACAGUCCGCUACAUAUUUUGAGAGUGAGGAUGAACUUUAGACACCAGUGAGGAUGAACUUUAGACUUCACUAAUGCUCUCGUUUCCCCGGUUGUAAAUAGCCGGGGGGAAUUAGUACUCUCACCCCGGACUUACGCCCGGAACGGCGCUCCGCGCCGUUGGCUCGCGGAUAAAUGUAAAUGUAAAAUGUAAAUUGUUCGCCCAUACUCGAUUACUGUGAAGUAUGGGAUGCGUUUGGUGAAACAUGCAAUCAAAACGACUUCAAAAACUGCAAAAUAUUAGAAUUAUCUUGAAUAUGAGUAAUGACACUUAUUCACUUACAAUUAUUUUUAAUCAGUCUAUUACUCUAUCUUCUUUUUCUCAUCAAUGGAAAAUGGCUAAAGUAGUACCUCUGUAGAAAAAUUGUAAAUCACGCUAUUGCAUGCUCUGUGUGAACUGUGUUGGGAAUCACUCAAAACAUUAAGGAAGAAAGCUAAAGCAAAUAUUAAGUAUAAAGAUUAAAUAAAAUGGGGCCAAUUCACUCAAAAAACUAUUUAAUUAAAUAUAAAUGAGAGAAGACAAACUAUCCCCUUCGGGACAUUUCAACUGGUCUUUGUUUACCAAAACCUCGUUCUAAUAACAUAACAAAUAGUUUCAUAUACGACGGAGCAACACUUUGGAAUUCUAGUCCAGAAGAAAUUAGGAAGAAAAAAACACUUUCUUCCUUUUCGUAAUAAAAUUUGUGCUCACAUUUAUGAGUAUAUAUUACUAAUAAGUAUUGUAAAUAAUAUGCCUGUAUAGUCUUUCGUUCAACUUUCUCAUUAGUUGACAUGCAUCUAAGGACGUAAACGAGCUUAUAUUCAGUUAAAAAAUUUGCAUAGCCAAAAGUCUCAAAUUUGAUUGGUUACAUAAAGGAUAUGUGCUAAUAAUUAAGGUGCAUAAUAGCGACCUAAGUAUAGAUUAUGUUGUUAUGAACUUAUCUUAAAAGUAUAGAUCAUUCGGCAUUGAAGUAAUGACUACAAGAUUUAAAAGAACAUGUCACAAUUCGAUGUACAUUAUAAUGUUCAAACCUUGUUGUGCCAGGACAAAAUUUCAUUCGCAUUACAAGUUGCAUGAAGCAAAUUUGGUAGAAUUUGCACGAAUAUAUGAACAGAACCGUCAACUAAAUAAAAGAAUGAUCGAAUAGAUAUACAAGCGAACUCAUAUGCAGGGGCGCACAUCAAAGGAAUUUCUAGGGGGGUGUGGGCCACUUGGGGACCGACUUUUUGAUAUUCAAAAAGAAAUUAAACAGAAGGGUAAAAAACAAUUUUGCAAAAACAUCAUGCCACCGAACAGGGACGAGGGAAUGUAUUUGAAGUCAGGGGGUCAAGUCCCACGAGGCGCCACCAUGGUUGGCGCCGAGCGAGAAAAUUUUCAACAUUUAGAACCUCUAGGUCGCCGGAAACGACCAUUUCAGAGUCUUAACUCUACCUAAAUUUCGGCUCGUUCAGGUGUACGAACGAAGGAUUAAGAAAAUUCAUCCCUUAUUUAAUAGUUCGCUCAAUUUCUGCAUUUGUUCAAUCUGUUCCAGAUCAAUAGAAUCAAAUAAGUCUUUUUCUGAACUGAAGAAUCAAAACAUGUGUAUAGGCCUAUGAGCUCCCGUGUGAAUACCAGGACGUGUUUAUUAGUAAUGUUAGUAAUGUGUAUGAGCUGUCAUGAGAAUAUCCGUUCGCAGGCCACAGGUGCGAAAUCGGAUAGUAGCACAGAGAGAGAGACGAGUUUAUUUCUUCGAAUAUAAUUGUUACUUUCGUCCGUCCAUAUAAAAUACUGAAAAUAAUGAAAAUUAGAAGUGUAUAAUAACAACUAGCAAAACAAUGAAAUCAAGAUAAUAAAUAAUCUGAAUUAACCAUCUAAACCUUAGCGGGUGCGCUACGAUUUGAUGUUUAAAAAUCAAAAAAUAGUUUCUUACACAUUAACACAUACACAUAGGCUUGUUCAUAACAUCUUACCAACCAGCUCUUGUGUUGUCGGCCCAAUUCACGGAGUCGGACAGAAGUAAAUAUUAAUUCUCAUACCCGAAUUUUGUGACCGAGUUUUCGCACAGUAUCAUAGAAGAAUGGGACCGACUUUUAGUGAUAUUCGGACGCUAAGGGGUGUUUCGCACCAACCCCCGCCCCUGCUCAUAUGCAACUCAGUGUCGUAACUCGUUCACUCCUUUCGGGCUAGCCUAAAGGCAGUCAAUCUUAAUUAAAGGAAAAGAGGCGAGUAUAAGCUACGGUUUCGCUUAAGAUAAACAAAAGUUUAACGCAUACAUUUCACAAUGCCGCAACUCACAAUACUGUAUAUACGGUUGGAAAAUAGCCUAUAGUAUUUUUAAUGUCACUAGACUUAGUUCAUAUAUACGCAUAGCUUAAUUAUAUGUGAGUUUUUGCAGUACAGACUGCAAACGUGCUACACAAACAAUUUGAGCCAUGCCUCCGAGAAAAAGAGUGGCAAUCAGACAAGUCCGAAAAUUAAUUUGUCCAGCUGAACGAAAUAUGCUUCGCGAAAUGCACAAUUUUGACAGGCACGCAUCUCGAGUAUAGCUAUGUUUUUUAUCUGUACAAAUUGUUCUAUGUAGUAAGAGUAAAAAGUAAAGACAAAUUCCAUUGGGCAGGUUAACAGUGGGUUGCGAAUAAUCUGUCAAAAUACUAUCUGCAUAUGAUUUAUUACCUAUAUUUUAUGACCAUGCAAAUUACAGAACGAAUAACUCAGGACAACAUAUUUAGCAUACAAGAAAGGUAAUGCAACAGCCAAUAGAAUCUUACUAUUUUGCGUUCAGCCGUGUUUUGCAUAUAGGCCAUAUAGUGAGAGCCAAUAAGAAACAGUGAUUUUGCGUGUCGUUCGUCGAGUUAAUGAUAUUAAUGAGGCUUUACGUCCUUAGAUGCAGGUCAACUAUUAGACAUUAAUAUGUUACUCUUUUAAUACUCUAUAUCUUUUAAAACUUUAUUAGCUCUAAUUAUCGAUCACUUUCUUGUACAUUUAAAACUCGGCUUAUUUUUUUUUGCACACGCCGCUAGUGAAAAGCAGCUUCGGUUGACGGGGUCAGCUUGUAAAAAUAAAAUUUCUAUUUAUCUAUCUAGUCAGUCUUCACUUGUUUCUUAUACUUAGACAAACGG